GUCCGCGCGCGCCUAGCUAGCGUUGCCUCUGUUCCUCGCGCGUUGACUACGACGUCACUUCCGGAACUGUGCUAGCACGCAGCCGGUGUGUGAGAGUACUGAACAGUCAGCUAGCCGUGCAGUCUUCGCCAUGUCCUCCCUACUUAAAGUGGACCAGGAGCUGAAAAAGAAGGUGACGUUUACAGUACAUCUUUAUGUCAUGUGAAUUGUGGGAUCGGUGUAGGUUAAUGAAACUUUGGGCCUAAAUCUAAUUACCAGAGAAGACAGUCAUUUGAUGGUUUCUAAAUAGGCCGUCGUGACCAGAUGCGUGGCUAGGUAGAGGAUUUGUCUAUGGGGGGGUUUCUGCAUAAGGUUGUCAGCCAUUAUGUUUUCUUGACGGUUAUAUCACUUCUUCAUGUAAUUGGACAGUACAUGAAACAAUUGCAAUAUCCUGUAAGAAGUAAAUAACUUAGCCAAGUAAAAUUCAUUUUGGGUGGCUCUAUGAAAAUGAAUUUCCUUUCUGCAGCAUAUUAAUAAGACUGAAUCUGUAGCAGUGGCUUGGAGGAAUUUGAAACUAUUUUGGAAAGUUUUUGGACUGCUUUGAUAUGACUUUUUUUUGUGUCAGCAGCUACCUUUAAAUUUUGUCACUUACCCCAAUUAUCACUAGUGACAGCUGUCAGUAAUUGGUAUUUCAAUACUAUAUUACAACAUUUGUACUGGUUAAUAGAAAAUGCAUGUCUUCUGGCCAGUCAGUACUUAAUAAAAGUAAAUAUAAGUUUUUAUUUAGUUUGUAAUUCUAAGUCAUUAAGGAAGAUCUGUUUUGGGGAACAAAGUGCAAUUGGCGUCACACCAGGUGCCUACAAACCCACAGCAGAAUACCACAGGCUCUAGAUAAUUUUUAGGGCUUGAACUUUAAAGUCCAAUGCUACUAGGCAGACCUUAAAGUUACUUGCCACUGUAAGCCAUGACAUACUCAACCAGGUUUGAAUUUCUGCUUGUCAGAGCUACAUUUUCACAUGAGUGAGCCCUUACAAUAAGCCCUAGCAUAUUCAGUCUUCAACUCCUGCCAGUUCAUCCGCCAGGAGCCCCAACAUCAGUGCUGUACCCUCACACAUUGAAGAAAGUAGUAUGGAUGACCCCGCAAAAUUGCUUAGGGAAGUGACAAAACUUGACCACACUAGCACAGCCUUUUGUCAAGCUUUGUCAACAUAGGCAUUUACUGUAGGACAAAGUAUGUAUUUGUCUUUUAUCUGUGGACUUAUUUGUAGUUGAGAAAUAAUUUGAAGGGAUAUUAAGUGAUAAUAUUUAGGAAUUAAAUGAUUACUUCUAAAAGCUCGUUCCCUGAUAAUGGCCCCAGCCGUUUAGUUUAAUGGAUUGCUUCCUCACCAAAUCAGUGAAAUGGUCAAGGUGCUUGGAGUAACCUUUUAAUUGUGAUAAACAUCCGUUGUAGGGUACAGCAUGGUUUUAUGAAGGACAGAUCUUAUUAAACUCAAUGUAUUGCAUUUCAUGAAGAAGUCAGUAGAUGUAUAGGUAAAAACAAAGAAAAUAUAUAUUUCCACUACUAAUGCAAUGUGAACAACCCCACUUAAAACAGUAUGCCCCCUGUACACCAAACAAUUAGCAAACAAAACAACCAAUAAGUGGGGUAUAGAUAAAAGAGGAUAUAUCUCCUAUGUAAAGGAGAUAUAAGGGUGUUCAAUUGAAUGUGGUCUAUAUGGAUUUUGCUAAGGAAUUUGAUAUGGUUCAGGACCAGUUUAAUAGCAGAGUUCAGGCAGACUGGAGAUUUUGUAGCACCUUCAAGGUUAUAGACAGUGGUGCUGGGAGGGAGGGAGGGGUUUGUAUUUAACUUUAAGGUAAAAAUAUAACACCUAUAUGAUAAAUAUAUAUUCACUUGGGGGUGUCUGUUAAAGGAACAUUCAAGCAUUAUAACUACAAAAAAUAUGGCUGUAGUGAUUUUAAUGCCAAAAAUGCAGUGGCUGCAUGAAACUGUUUAAGAAUUGUUUGACAGCUUACCUGGGGUGAACCAUUCAUCCCUUCUUCAGGCAGAAUCUCCUGCAAGGAGUUUCCAUUAACCUUUUCUGGUUUUUCCAGGUUGAGUUCAGGGAGCUUCCUGAUUCCAAAGAGUAGGCAGUGGGUUCCCAGUGGUACCCAGGUAAGUUGUCAAACCGGUCUCACAUGGUUUAACUACUUAAAGGACCACUCUAUGCUUAAAAACAAACAAAAACACAGUUUAGUAGAUAUACCCACAUUAAAUACAUGCAUGCAUAUGUUUAUGUAUUUAUUCAUUGUGAGUAUGGUCUAAAAGAGAAAAAAAAGUUGAAGUUCUUAUGACUGCAGCCUUUGUAAGCCCUCCACUUUGUUCCUGGAGGAGACUUUCAGUCUUUUCAAAGGGAAACAACUAGUCAAAGGCUUCUCACCAUUGCGUGCAUGUCUGGAACAAAGGAGCUAAUCUGAGAUCUGUGAGAGUGUGGCAGGUCGGCAUGCUCAAGUAGAGCGUGCCUACUGUUUCCGUUGGCUAAGGGGAGCUAACGAAAGUAGGAAGGUAUCCUCCUUGGCUGUUUGCCAGCAAAGCCUUUCUUCAUUAGAAGGUUUUGAACAGAAGGACAUUUAGAUGGAAAGUACCUAGAAUAACUGUAGAGCCUUGGAAGAUAGUAUGGUUCCUUUCAUGAAAAUGGUCAAACCUCAAACAUAUGUCUGGCUACUGUAAUAGCAACAAGGAACACACAGUCUUUGUGAGAAGUGUAAUAGACUUCUUCUAAAGACUCAAAAAGGGAAUCCAUAAGGUACUACAAAACAAGGGGAGUAUUCCAAGUUCAUUCAAGGAGGUUUAAUUCUCAAGGUAUCUUUGAAAAAAAUUAAAUACAUCUGUGUGACAGGCCCACUUAUGAUCUGACAGUGCAGAAAUGGUCAAGGCCUGCCCAUUAAAGAACCACUAUAGUGCCAGAAAACCAAACCUUUUCUUUGCCUUAGAUGAAAUCUCCUUUUUUCCAGCCUAAAUGUGUGACCUCGUGUCCUAUGUAUAGCCCUGUUUAUGAACAGAUUUCGAGAUAAAGGUUUGUACUGGCCCCGAAUAUACACUGCUCAAAAAAAUAAAGGGAAAACAAAAAUAACACAUCCUAUAUCUGAAUGAAUUAUUCUUCUGAAAUACUUUCUUUACAUAGUUGAAUGUGCUGACAACUAAAUCACACAAAUUAAAAAAUUGGAAAUCAAAUUUUUUAACCCAUGGAGGUCUGGAUUUGGAGUCACACUCAAAAUUAAAGUGUAAAAACAUACUACAGGCUGAUCCAACUUUGAUGUAAUGUCCUUAAAACAAGUCAAAAUGAGGCUCAGUAGUAUGGCUGGCCUCCACGUGCCUGUAUGACCUCCCUACAACGCCUGUGCAUGCUCCUGAUGAGGUGGCGGAUGGUCUCCCGAGGGUUCUCCUCCUAGGCCUGAACUAAAGCAUCUGCCAACUCCUGGACAGUCUGUGGUGCAACGUGACGUUGGUGGAUGGAGCGAGACUUGAUGUCCCAGAUGUGCUCAAUUGGAUUCAGGUCUGGGGGACGGGCGAGCCAGCCACAUGAGGUCUUGCAUUAGGAGGAACCCAGGGCCAACUCCAGACUGUCACAUGUGCUCAGUGUGAAGAGCACAGGGCGCCAGUGGCAAAUUUGCCAAUCUUGGUGUUCUCUGGCAAAUGCCAAAUGUCCUGCACGGUGUUGGGCUGUAAGCACAACUCCCACCUGUGGACGUCGGGCCCUCAUACCACCCUCAUGGAGUCUGUUUCUGACCAUUUGAGCAGACACAUGCACAUUUGUGGCCUGCUGGAGGUCAUUUUGCAGUGCAAACACUUAUCUUUAUUCCAGUAGUGGAACUGAAACGUUGACUACUGGAAUAAAGAUAAGUGUUUGGAUUUUUUGCAAAAUUCCUGGGAGUGCUGAUUUUUUCUGGCUUUAUCUAUUUAGUGCAAUCAAGCACCGGGUUUAUUUAAAUGUACAUGCGAGUGCAAGGUUUUUCAUUUUAUUUAUUUAUAUAUAUAUAUAUAUAUAUACUCUAGAAAAUUGUGGUGAAACAUUUUAUGGAAACAGGCUCUAAAAAUAAUGGGUUUCCCUGCCUGCCUUCUUGAACCUCUUAAAUGGUGUUUUCUUUAAGAUUGGCUCCAAGUAUUGCAGGUAUGGUAUCAAAAUUGGGUCUUUCCAGAGCCAAGAUGCAUUAUCAGAAGGAAUUAGCAGGUACAUGAAGUGGAAACAAAUGUAUUACUAACAAUUUAAAACAUCCAAAUAAGUGCUAGUAAGGAAUCCAUAGCAUGCAUUUAUGUUUUUAAUUAUUCUUAAUAAAUUUGUCUUAAUAGUCAAGAUUAAUUGCACCUAAAUGGAGAGGGUUUUUUUAUGUUGGGGGGAUAAUGGCUAGAAGGUUGGUUUAAACUAGGUUAAAAGGGGUCAAAGAACGGUAAUGUGGUAGAUAGUAUAGAAUAAAGAGGGGAUUCACCUGAAAUUAAGGAGGGUGUAGAUAUGGAGAGUGGAAAGAUUAGCAGACAGAGCAAGUAGGUAUUACAUGUUGUUCACAUAAAGUUUAAAGGGAAACUUUAGUCACCAGAACGACCGCUUAUUGUAUUUGUUCUGGCGAGUAUAAUCAUUCCCUUCUGUCUUUUUGCAGUAAACACUGUCUUUUCAGAGAAAAUGCGGUGUUUUCAUUACAGCCUAGUGAUAACUCCACUGGGCACUCCUCAGAUGGCUACUAGAGGUGCUUCCUGGGGCAGUGCCAUUCAGUUUCUCUAAUCUCUGCAUGGAAUCAACUUUCCACAUAAAGAUGCAUUGAUUCAAUGCAUCUCUGUGAGGAUAUGCUGAUUGGCCAGGACUGUUUGAUUUGUGCUGGCUCUGCCCUUGAUCUGCCUCUUUGACAGUCUCAGCUAAUCCUAUAGGAAAGCAUUGUGAUUGGCUCAGAACACCACUUCUGAUAUCAGUCAAGCAGGCAUAUCAGGGGCAGAAGAAGGGGCAUGAAGCAUUUGAUUGGGCUAUUAACUUAAUCCCUUAGUGACUAGACUGUUUUUCAAUUUUCUUACUGUUUUUCUCGGCAUUAAAUGGUCUUUCUAAAGAUACCAUUAUUUCAUUAUUUUCAUCAUAUAUAAUUUACUAUAAAAAAAUGAUAAAAUUUGAUGGAAAAAUUUAACAAAAACCCACAUUUUGUAACUUUGACCUCUAAAAUCUGUUACGCAUCUUCAACUGCCAAAAAACACCCGUGCUAAAUAGUUUCUAAAUUUUGUCCUGAGUUUAGAAAUACCCGAUGUUAACAUGUUCUUAGCUUUUUUUUUAUUUUUAUUUUUUUUUAAGUUAUCUGCCAAUAAGUACAAGAAACACUUUGCUAUUUCCUAACCAUUUCUCUCCCCCCCUAAAAUUAACAAAAGUUACAUUGUAACAAUAUCUGUCAGGAAUCACUGAAUAACCCUUCACAUGUAUAAUAUUUAUAAUAUAAGACAACCUUGGGGUAUUUUGACUCUUUUCAUGUCACCAUUUUACCACCCAUCUAUGCCAAAUAAAAAAAAAAAGUAAAACAUUGGUGAUUUUUUUGACACACAUAGCAAUUUAAGAAUACAUGCACUGCCAAAGAACACCCCAACAUGUGUUCAUCAACAUCUCCUGAGGGCCAGAUACCACCCAUGUAUAGGUGUGUCAGGAUCUCAUGCACCCAUGUCCUAUUUGGGACAUUUUUGAAGCCGGCCAAUGUAAUUUACCCCAUCUAACCAUAUAUUUUUGAAAAGUAGACACCCUAGGGUAUUUGAAAUGGUUGUAUUUCAAAACUUUCCAUGCACUAAUUCUACCACCAGUCUUUGUCAAACUUUUGGGUAGUAAUUUUGUUGUUAUUUUUCUCUCACAUUGUACUUUAGGCAUGGAUUCUCAGUUUCUGUUAUGUGUUACUGACAAAGAACACCCCAAUAUGUGUUCAACAACAUCUCCUGAGUACAACAGUGCCCCCAGUGUACAGGUUUUAUGGGUGUUUGCAAACUUUACAGGGUUCAAAUGUAGGGCUUUCCCCUUUUCCAUGUUUGCACAUUGAAAUUUGCCAUAUUGGUUUGUUGGGCCUAUGUUGCCUUUGAGACCGUAUGGCAGCCCAGAAAUGAAAAUUCACCCCAUCAUGGCAUACCAUUUGUAAUAGUAGACAACUCACGGUAUUCAAAAUGGGGUAUGCACAGUCUUUUUUAGUAGCCACUUAGUCACAAACCCUGGCCAAAACUAGCAUUUAUAUUUGUUUUUGGUUUUUUGCAUUUUUCAAACAAAAACUGCCAUUUCACCGAUGAUAUUACUGCUCUAAAACACUCAUAUUUGUGUAGAGUAAUGUCUCACGAGCACAACAGUACCCCUCAAGUACAGGUUUUAUGGUGAUUUGGAAAGUGACAGGUUCAAACAUAAGAUUUGCCGAUCUUCUGUUUUUGUAAAUUGCUAUUUGACAGAUUGGCUAUGUUGCCUUUGAGGCGGUAUGGCAGCCCAGAAAUGAAAAUUAACUGCAUCAUGGCAUACCAUUUUCAAAUGUAGACAAUCCAGGAUAUUCAAAAUGGGGUAUGUCCAGUCUUUUGUAGUAGCCACUUAGCCACAAGCGAAGGCCAAAGUUAGCGUUCAUAUUUGUUUUUUUGUAUUUUUUUUUUAAAACAAAAACUGCACUUUUACUGGUGAUAUCAUCUUCGUGAUGCAUUUUACUUUUUAAAACACUCGUAUUUGUGUUCAGCGAAGUCUCCCGAGCAUAACAAUAUCCCCCAUGUAAAGGUUUUAUGGUGUUUUGGAAAGUUACAGGGUUAAAUAUAGGGCUUGCCAAUUCCAUUCUCUGGACUGCCUGCCUUGGUUGUCAGACAGGUCCCUCAAAUUCUAAUUAAUAAAAUCAAAUAGUUACGUAGUUGUAGUGUGUGUGUGUGUGUGUGUGUGUGUGUGUGUGUGUGUGUGUGUGUGUGUAUAUAUAUAUAUAUAUAUAUAUAUAUAUAUAUAUAUAUAUAUAUAAUUAGGGAUCGACCGAUAUUGAUUUUUCAGAGCCGAUACCGAUAUUCUGUGAACUUUCAGGCCGAUAGCCGAUAUAAUUUGCCGAUAUUCUGUACAUUUACCAUUUUGGAAAAUAAAAACUAUUUCUAAAGGUAAAUGCACAAAAUAGACAUGCCACGUGUAGUGGAUGCAGUGUGACAGGGGAGCUGUGUGUGUGUUGUGUGUAGUGGAUGCAGUGUGUGUUUGUGUAGUGUGUGUGUUAUGGAUGCAGUGUGUGUUUGUGUAGUGUGUGUGGAGGAUGCAAUGUGUGUUUGUGUAGUGGAUGCAGUGUGUAUUUGUCUAGUGUGUGUAGUGGAUGCAGUGUGUAUUUGUCUAGUGUGUGUAGUGGAUGCAGUGUGUAUUUGUCUAGUGUGUGUAGUGGAUGCAGUGUGUAUUAGUGUAGUGUGUAUAUAAUGAAAGCAGAGUGUUUGUGUAGUGUGUGGGUAGUGUGCGUAAAGUGAAUGCUGUAUAUACUAAAUGCAAAGUGUGUGUGUAUAUAAUGAAUGCAGAGUGUGUGUAUUUGUGUAGUGUGUGUAUAGUGAAUGUAGUGUUUAUAUAAUGCAGAGUGUGUGUUUGUAUAGUGUGUAUAUAAUGCAGUGUGUUUGUGUAGUGUGCAUUAUAUAAACACACUACACAAACACACUGCAUUAUAUACACACACCACACACACUGCAUUAUAUACACACACUACACAAACACUGCAUUAUAUAAACACACUACACAAACACACACACUGCAUUAUAUACACACUUCACAAACACACACUGCACAAACACACUACAUAAACACACACCGAAUUAUAUAAACACACUACACAACCACACUGCAUUAUAUACCCACACUACACAAACACACACUAUACAAACACACUGCAUUAUAUACCCACACUACACAAACACACACUGCAUUAUAUACACACACUGUAUAAACACACACUGCAUUAUAUACACAGUGUGUUUGUGUUGUUUGUGUAUAUAAUGCAGUGUGUGUUUGUGUAGUGUGGGUAUAUAAUGCAGUGUGGUUGUGUGCAUUGUAUACAAACACACACACACACACUGCAUUAUAUACACACACUGUACAAACACACACUGCAUUAUAUACACAGUGUGUUUGUAUAGUGUGUGUAUAUAAUGCAGUGUGUGUUUGUGUAGUGUGGGUAUAUAAUGCAGUGUGUUUGUGUGCGUUGUAUACAAACACACACACACACACACUAUACAAACACAUACUGCAUUAUAUACACAGUGUGUUUGUGUAGUGUAUGUGUAUAUAAUGCAGUGUGUGAGGGGGCAUUUUUUAUUAAAUUAUUAAAAAAAAAAUUAUAUUUACUUUAUUAUUUAUUUUUGUUGUCCCCCCUCCCUGCUUGUUACCUGGCCAGGGAGGGGGGAUAUGACAGUCCCUGGUGGUCCAGUGGUAAUGGCUGAGCUUUGGGGGGGCGGAGAGCAAGCGCUUACUCACCUCCCAGCAGCUCCCCAGUGCAACUCUCGCGGCCAGCGUGUCGCGCAGAGCGUUGCCAUGGUGAUCCAUGGCAACGCUCUGACGGCCGCGGGUCUCGCGAGAGUUGCACUGGGGAGCUGGAGGAGCUGCUGGGAGGUGAGUAAGCGCUUGGUCUCCGCCCCCCCAGGACCGCCGGGCUUGUAAUGAGCCUGGCAGUCCUAGGAGGUAUUAUCGGCAAUAUCGGUAUCUGAAUUGGCCGAUACCGAUAUUGCCGAAAAUACCCAAUAUCGGCCGAUUAUAUCGGUAAAACCGAUAAUCGGUCGAUCCCUAAUAUAUAUAUAUAUAUAUAAUGUGUGUGUGUAGAAAGGCCAUUAGGCCUGAAUUUGUGGGAGGAGUAAGUCCCCUACUUAAACUCCCAGCCCCUACUCACCUCUGACAUCCAAGUUCAAGUGUUGCCGCUCAACUUCCGGUUUCACUGACGUCCGGGCGUCCUAUCCAGCCGCAGUCUCCGGCAGAAUCCUCCGUCUGGUGCGACGAUCUGGCUUCCUAAACAGCCAACUGUGAGUCAUACUUACCCCUCAUUCCAGUCUCCUCCACGCCGCUCGGGGGUUUUACCAGGGGGCGGAAUGCACAUGGGAUCACGGUAACUUUAACGGAGCCCACCACGGUUUCCACGCUAAGGCACCUCAGGGAUCGGUUGGUACAACCUUUCGGCCCCACAUCCAAAUCACAGGUAAAAGCUUAAUUCGCCCUUCUACAGGGCCGUAGUCAGGGCCUCACUUUUCACUUAAUGUCAUCGAGAGGCCAACAUCCCGCCACCACAUCUGUGGCAACCUCUGCCAAAUCAUAGAGUCUCUCACCGCAACUUGGCACUAGUAGGGCCUCAUCUGUCACUAGUCACAGUUAAGUUUUUCGCUUCGGCAAUAGCCUUACAGUCCAGUUCACCUUAGGAACACCCCCUAACCACCUCCCCCCCCCUUUUAAUUUUCUCAUACGCCCCUACUAAAUCCAAUUCAUUAAUUCGUUUCUAGAAUGUCUCAAGAUCCGGCAUCCAUUGACAAGUUGCCUACCAAUGAGAUUCCGUUUACUCCUUUCAGACCCGAGUCUCCAGGCGAAUCUCUCACCCCCUCUAUUCCUACGUCCUUGAGAGCAUGGACUAUUCAAAAAAUUACGGCCGAAUUUAGGCUUAGGGCUGCGGCUCGUAAGGCAGAACUCUACAGACUUGUGACCAACCAGGCCCCUGAGCCUAGGUCAGGCACUAGGCUCUCAAGGUCAACCAUCUGGCGCUGGCUCAGCCACCCAUGACACCCUUGCGGCAAUCCUGGCCAACCUGCAGACCUCGAACAGCAGCUUAAGCAAGGUGGAGAGUGCCAUCGCCUCCCCAGGUAACCUUCCUGACCCCUCACCCCAGCAGUACCUAUGGCAUCAACACCAGCCCCUAUACUUCCCUCUUCAGCUCCUGCCUCAGAUACGUCUCCUGUUGUGUCACCAGCUCACUCCGUCCCAGACUCCAUUAGGAAAGAAAUCCUGGAUGGGAAGGACGUGUGUCUGAUGUCAUUGCUUAUAGCCUCCCAAGACGUGCUGGAGAACAGGGCUUAUAACUUUGGGAAUAUUUCGGUGGUUCUUAAAACCAGAGACCCUAGGCUCAACAAAAAAUUAUCUAUUCCCAAUUUCGUUUUGGCUUUCGGGAUAUACCGUGAUGUCAUUUGCUCGGUAUAUCCCCACAGGAGAGAGGAACUGGACCUCUAUCUCCAUAAAGUGGUGGAUUUGGGCGUCAAGUACAAGGGCUCAUCUUUUUAUGACUAUCAUAAAUCGAUAUUAGCGAAAGCGGUGACACAUCUGAAACAAUUUAACAUAAGCAUUAACUGGUGUCAGAUGGAUACAGAAUUAUUCUGUUGCCACUUUGCUGGUCUGAGGCCCCCGUCUUGUGCCAUAUGUAAUUCUUCAACUCACUUGGCUGAUUUGUGCCCUUCUGUGGCUGAUCCAUCCACCCCCACCCCUCAAUCCACUUCCACUCCUCACAAUAAACAUGAGGGUGGUCAGCGGGAUAAACUGGGUAGGCCCAUCUCCUUUCUAGGGAAAGCUCAGGUGUGCAACAAUUUAAAUGCAGGUUCCUGCAGCUUCAGCACCUGUAGAUUGUUGCACAUCUGCUCUAUCUGCUUCAGGGCACACACUAAGACCUAGCAAGUGACUGACAUAUCGACAACCUGGUUUUUUACUUGAAAACUCAUCCAAGUAGACAUCUAGUGGAAUAUUUAACAGGGUUCACCCAGGGCUUUCUCACAUGUCUCGUAGCCAUUCCCUCAGGCAUGCUGGAAUGCCCCAAUCUCCUAUCAGCCUGCCUAGACUCAGAGGCCACUGACGCUCUCCUUUCCACAGAAAUAGCACAAGGUUUCAUGAUUGGCCCCUUCACCUCCUCAACGGUUUCGUCCUGGCGCACUAAUCCCAUUGGCAUAGCUGUGCACAAAUACUUGAAUAAAAAGCGCAUGAUUAUCGAUUUAUCGGCACCGCACUCUUCUUUUGUUCCCAGCAUUAACGCACUCAUUCCCACAGACGAAUUCUCACUACAGUACGUAAAAAUUGACGACGCUAUACAAACCAUCAUUUCAACUGGUAGCAACGCUUGGCUAUAGCAAAACAGGCAUAACCAAUGCAUUCAAAUUACUGCCCAUGCACCCAUCACUUUGGCACUUGCAUAGUGUUAAAUGGCGAAACAGGUACUAUUUUUCCACGCGACUCACUUUCGGGUCCAGAAGCAGCCCUAAACUGUUUGAUAUUUUCGCAGAAACUCUAUGCUGGCUGCUUCUGAACAUUCUCAGAUGUCACGCAGUCAUCCAUUAUUUGGAUACUAAAUACACACAAGUAAUGUUAUGGCGCUGGUUCAAAUAAUGAUAAAUAUAUAAUAAGCAGCACUAUAUACAGUGAACAAGCUCAAUCACAUGUGACCAAAUAAAGAUAAAUACAUAAAGUGUGCUGUGCCUUUAAGACCACCAAAUAUUGAUAUAAGGUAAGAAUACUAUGUGUAAUAUUAUAUAACAUAGAAAGUGUACACUUUCUGUGUUAUAUAAUAUUACACAUAUUAUUCUUACUUUAUUUCACUUUCUGUGUUAUAUAAUAUUACACAUAUUAUUCUUACUUUAUUUCAAUAUUUGGUAGUCUUAAAGGCACAGCGCACUUUAUGUAUUCAUUAUUUGGAUGACUUCCUCAUAAUAGAACCGAGCGCACGCACACCCACCGAAAUCCUCAGCACCUAGGCACUUUUCUCCACUCUCGGGGUACCUUUGUCUCCCUCUAAAACGAUUGGCCCCACUACUAAAAUUACUUUCUUGGGGAUAGAGCUGGACUCUGGUACUUUCCGCACCAGCCUUCCCCCCGACAAACUGGUCCGCUUGAGAAGGGAGAUAGACAUGUUCCUGCGGAAUGAUGUACGCACCAGGAAAGAACUUCAGUCCUUAUUGGGGUCCCUGAAUUUCGCAAUGCGCAUCAUUCCGCAGGGAAGUCUUUUGUAUCCAGGCUUCUUUGUCUGCUUCACGGGGUACCGGACGCCUGCCCAAUUGCGUUGGACCAGCACGUCAAAGCUGACCUACUCAUGUUUAUCCCCCCUCUCUCCGACUCCUCACCUUGCAUUCACACUGACGCUGCAGCCAACACGGGCUUUGCAGCUAUAUUCGGUAAUCACUGGUUUAGGGGUCACUGGCACGCUGAGACGGAUGCCUUGCCGGGUUUCAGAGAGACUUCAGCCCUAUUUGAAAUUUACCCCAUCGUGGCGGCCGCACACAUCUCUGGUCCGGCAAGGCAGUAAAAUGCUAUUCCGACAACUCGUCAACUUGCGAUAUCAUUAACAAGGGGUGCUCUUCCUCCCUUACCAUCAUGCUGCUGAUUUGCAAGCUGACCUGGCUGGCAGCAACCGUCCAGUUCCACUUAAUUUGCUUUUACAUCCCGGGUAUCCACAACACGGCCGCUGAUGCUCUGUCUCGAUCUCAAUUCCAGGUAUUCUUCCAGGCACUCCCGUCAGCCCACCAUCAACCAUCUAGAACACCGAGGUUUCAGGAGUUAAUCCUGGAUUGAACACACUAAUGCACCACGCUAGGGCUCUUACGCACUAAGCACUAUCACCUAACACAACUAUCACCUACAGUAGGGCACUUACCGUUUUCAAUAAAUUCACAGCUGAAUUCGGAUUACAAGCUGAUUUUCCGACCCAAACUAUGGUGGCUUUUGCCACUUACAUUUAAAACUUUCCCACAAUACAAUUAAACUAUACCUCACGGGGGUGCAGCAUCACAGCCUCACAAAUUUACCUAACACCCCCUUUUUGUCAUCAUACCCCAUCAAGAAAAUCUUAAAGGGUAUCUCUAAAGUUUCGGUUCCAUUUAUCACCACCAGACUACCGAUAGAUGGGCCUAUCUUUAGAUUACUUAGCAAUCUACUUGACGAAUCCCCAUUUGAUCCUAACACAAACCUGGUGAUCAAGUCAAUCUAUUUAGCUUUUUAUGGGUUCCUAAGACCUAGGGAAUUUACAGUUGUUUGUCAAGAAAAUAUCACACAGCCCUAAAACCUCACAACUCACAAAAGUAGAGAAUUACUACGUUUUCACAAUCCCAUCUACCAAAACUAAUCAUUCACUACACCCCACUAUCAUUCCCCUCUUUCCAACAGAUAAUGCUUGGUGUCCGGUUAAGGCACUAGACCACCUACAGUCAACUCAUAACACGCACUCACCAGACUCACCGCUCUUACAACUUGCUUGAUACUACUUGGUACAUAACGGUCAGGAUGGGAUUAAACAAAUAUACUUCUGUCAGAAAGGCUAGAAAGUGUGUGUGUGUGUGUGUGUGUAUGUGUAUAUAUAUAUAUAUAUAUAUAUAUAUUUUUUUUUUUUUUCAUUCCUCUCCGGCACAACUGAGAUGCCGUGCAGUAAAUCAAUUGUUGCACGAAUUUACCGCCACCUAGCUCCCCAGUGCAUUCCCUUUCAGACAUAACCCAUAUCCUUAGUGAAAGCAUAGCUCAAAACCCAGAAAGUGAACUAUUGGUCUUUGGCGAUUUUAAUAUCAAUUGGCUGUAUUCCUGGCACUAAAGCUCCCUCGGAGUCCCACGCUCUGAUAAAUAAAGGGUUGAUAGCCCUUUAUUUACAUAUCCCAGCGCCGAUGUCCCUCAAUGCUGGGUUGUGGCUCCGCCUCCUUCCUUGUCCUGUGACAAGCUGGCGCCUAGGGAAAAUCUGACACUGGAUGUCCUCAUGCAGAGUGUGAGGACGUCCAGUGUUGGUUACUGGACCAAAGGUCUGUUUGGAUCCAGGAAGUGCCUCUAGUGGCUUUGUGGUAGACAGCCACUGGAGGCAGGCUUAGUGCUGCAAUGUAAACAUUGCAGAUUCUCUGGAACGGCAAUGUUUAACAUUGCACCGCUAAGUGCAAUAGGGACACUGUACCCAGACCACUUCAAUGAGCUGAAGCAGCGAGGUGCUGUAUGCCUCUAGAAUCCCGGUUUUCAGGAAAAGACUGAACCAGGAAUCUGUCAAGCCGUGUACGAACAGUUUGACACCUAUCUGUGUUGGAAGUCUACAGUCGUUACUGUUUGAGUAGCUGUGAUAACCAGAUAACACAAUUUGCAUAUGUAACAAAUUUGUGGCGGAUGAGAUAUGUCCCUGAUGUAAAAUAUGCAAGCAAGAUUAAAACCCUUUAUUUGAAAAACAGAAAUCUUCCAAAAAUGUUUAUUUUAAGAUAUUGGUUUUUGAAAAGGCAUAUGAUGAUGAAUUUUUAUUAAGUUAUAUUUCACCUACAAAAUGUUUUUAUGACGUUGGUAUGUGCAACUUUUAUUUGUGCGCCUUUUGCAUAAAUUACAAGAUGGUACAAAGUAGCAAAAAUAUUUAUCUUGUAAUAUGCAUUUGCUUUUUUUUUAAGUAACUAUGGCUAGAAAACCCUAACUUGUGCAUUUUUUGUAAGCUUAAAUUAUAUCAAAUGUGAAGGAAGAAUGUGUAUGUUUGAUAUGUUUAUAAAGCAUUGCUUUCAUUGCUGUUGGCCAUGCAUAAUGUGGAAAAACUGCACAAUUCUGUGGUGGCGCUUUCAUUUUAGUGAUUAAAGUGUCACAUUAUUGUAUCAUUUUGCACUAUUACUGUAAAACAUGUUUAGCCAUGCCCCAGCAUAUUUUAUAACUCUUACUGUGUGUGUGGACGCUCGCGCCCUCUCUCUUGCUUUUCUUUUUUUAAUAAACUUCCUUUUACUCUUUCAGGUGGAUCAUUUCCGGGAAAGAAUCACAAGUGAGGUAUCAGUAUUUUGUUUAAGAAUUCAUAUUUUUCUAAAGCUUUUCUAAAAACAUCCUUACUUAUAGGAAAAACUAUGUAUACAUUUAUAAACUCACAUUGGAGCUUGAUUCUGAUCGGUUACCUGCUUUCUGUUCUGUAUUGCUGAGGCUUGCUGACAACCAAAAGUGUGUAAGCUUACUAAUUAACAUAAUGCACAGAGUAGUAUCUGUGUUGAUUCUGCAAAAAGUGGUGUUCAUUCAAGAAACAAAACCGUUUGAAAUAAGCAAAUAAUGUUGCAGUAUGUUACCUGUUCAUUACUGUAAUAAAUGUGUUUGUAUGUGUUUGUAAACCUGUCUUAUAAAUUUGUUUACAUAACGAUUAAUUUUCUUGUAGGCUGAAGAUCUUGUUGCCAGUUUCUUUCCAAAGAAAUUAUUGGAACUAGAUGGCUUUCUUAAGGUAAUGCAUAUACAAAAACUCACAAUUUGUUUGCUUGUUUAUUGACAGUACCUCUAAACACAAUUUGUUUAUAUAUAGGAACCCAUGUUAAAUGUUCAAGAUCUUCAACAGAUACAUUCUGAAAUGAACUUGCCUGUUCCAGAUCCUAUCCUCCUCACUAACAGCCAUGAUGGAUUAGACGCUGUAAGUGUUUUUUUUUUUUUUCACUCAUUUAUGACAUUCAUGGAAGACACUGGAAAUUGUUAAUGGGUAAUCUUGGUGUGCAGCAAAUGUUUGUGGAAAGCAACAUCCAAGUUUAGCCAUUUUUAUAAAACAAUUAUUAGUAUUACUCAUUCAUUUCAUUUUUGCAGCCAAAUUUAAAGAAGAGGAAAUUGGAAGAUGGAGAUGAUGCAUUCACAGGUAAUAUUUGUCAGUGUUUACACAUCGUUUUAUUUUUUGAGAUUUUGAUGUCUGUUUACUUAAUUAUUGAGUGUACUGCAAUUUUCAGUUUUAAUUGUUUACUAGGGAAACUACAUGGCAUGUACGGAAAUUUGUGGUUUAAAAUUAAAUAAACUGUUUACAUAGAAAUUAACCCCUUAAGGACACAUGACGUGUGACAUGUCAUGAUUCCCUUUUAUUCCAGAAGUUUGGUCCUUAAUGUGGUUAAAUUUUUAGCAAAUUAGAAAUGUUUAGAAUUUUUAUCAUGCACUUUUUAAUUUAACACUAUAGUGUUGGACUAGCUUUUAGGUCCCUGGCCCCUCACUAAAAAGGUUGUUUUAUUUACCUUUUCUCCAUUGCUGUAUUGGUCUUGAUGAUGUCAGCAAAUCCAAUGCCUUCUUAUAGGAAAGCAUUGGCAGGCUAUUGUGCAUGUGCUGCAGAACACCUUGUGCACCAAUCAGUAUCUACUCAGAGAUGUAUUUAAUUAAUCUCUAUAAGGGAGCAUUCAGUGUCUCCAUGCAGAGCAAAUAUACUUUUUUUGUGGGAUGUCCAAACACUGAGGAACUUCUCCCAAAAGGAAAAAAAACAAACUCCAGUCGUUUCAAUCAGUCACUUUUACCACGUAAAGGAAACUAUCAAAACAACUUUAGCUUAAUUAAGCCGUUUGGUGUGCAGAUCAUGUCCCUGCAAAUUGUCCGCUCAAUUAUCUGCCAUUUAAGAGUUAAAUUGUUGGAUGUUUCUGUUUAUGCAACUUUAGCCACACCUCUCCUGGCUGUUUUAAUUUUAGCCGUUUUUGUCACCUGCUCUGUAAAUUGAGCGUUAAUCUCACACAGGAGGCUCCUAAAUGGUAUAGAAAGCUAUUUAACAGAGCAGGAGAUAAGACAUUCUAAAUUAAACAGAAUGUGCAAUAAACAUUAGAUUACUCUUCACAGGAAGGGUUUAGGAAAUCUGUGCAAGUCACAUGGAAGGAGGUGUGAUUAUGGCUGUAUAAACAAAGUGAUAAAACUCCUAAAUUGCAGAGAAUUUAGCAGUGAGCCUGCAGGGUCAUGUGUGCAACAUAUAUUUACCAUACAAAGGCAAGUAAGAAAAAAUGCAGUUAACAAAGCUACAACGUCUAAAUGGUUGUUGUAUCACACUGGCCAGAGUCUUUCGUUCACGUGCAAAAAAAGAAAACCGGUACACGUGACAUGUUCACCAAGGAGCAGUGAAGUAUAAAUGUUUGCAAAAAAAGAAAAAAAUAUUUUGACUAAGGAAUAUGUUCUUUAAAGAAAGGCAAAAACUGCAGGAAACCGCUCUGUGAAUACUUUAAAACCUUCAACUUAUUCUCCCUGGAGGAAGUGCACUGUCAGAGACAGGUUGACUUCCAGUGACACUCUGAUGACCUCUAGUAUUAGCAAUAGAGUGGUUGGUGGUUGACAACUUGACUGAUAAUAGUAGAGGAUAUUGCAUGUUUGGGACUCCCACCAACUGUGGAGACUUUACAACAAAAGCUAAUCAUGCCUUUGUCAAAGAUGAACUUUACACACAUUCUAAAUUUCUUGAAAUGUAUGCCAGUCUGUAGAGAGAGCCUCCCACCCACCCCCCACCCAUCAAAACAGUCUGAGUGCUUGUAUAAGUUAAAUAACUUGAAAAAGUGCUCUAUUUCGGUAAUUAAGAUUUUGCUGAAUAACCUUGUACGUGGGAAUGAUAAAUUCCAGUUUCUCUUGAAACGCGACUUAGAUAGGGAGUCUGUUGGGGCAGGAUAUUUACUACUUGUCAUAAAAUGGAUACAAAUGUGUAUAGACCCAGAAAGAUUGUUGCACAUUUGCACAAGUCGAUCCCCAAUCUGUCCAAGUGGAUGUUCCAUGAGAGCAUUGUAUGUUAUCUCGUAGCAAUGCAAUAAUGUAGCUGAUUUUUGGAUGUAAGCGUUUUUUUAAAUGGUAUUCUGUUUACUUAUAGAUAAGCAUUACUCCUGAUCCAAUACUGGCACUAUAAAUUAAGCUCAUUCUAAUACCAGGUUGCUUUCUUUGUUGCUCUCACUCUGCCACAAAAUAUGUACAGAAGCAAAAAUCUGCAUUGCAAAAAGGUGGAAAUACACAUACAUACUAAACGUACUUGAGAGAAAAGUUUUAUUUGUCUGUGAAUUGAGGCAAUGUCACCAAGAAAAAUGGUCUCUCAUAAUAAGGUUUAGUUUCCUUUUAGAUGGAAUACCGAGCAUCAAGAGCCAAUUACUGAACACUUGUGAAAUAUGUAGCCCCACAAUUCCAUGCUAAUUAUAUAAUUGGAUGUAUUUGUAUGCAUAGUUCUUAUUUGUUUUAUAAUUUCUCCCUCUUUCACUGGUUUUGUUUUAUUCUUUUUUUCCCUUUCCUUAUCCCCAAAUCCCUGAUUCUUCCUUAAUUGUCCAAUUAUUCUUUUAAUUCUAGUUUUAUCCUUUACAUGUUACUACUUGCAAGCCCUAUAUUAGAUGUAUUUACUUAAGUAAGCAUUCAAAGUGAAUUUCAAAUUUUUCCGGUUAUGUAUAUCACUAUCUGUUAGUUCCAUGUUACCUCUGUCUUUAGUGUCCUCCAAAUUUUAUGUGUUCAUAUUCAGGUAAUUAGAGUACUGCAGCAGUCAUCAUUAUGCCCCCCAACCACCAUCACCACACGUCCCACACAAGCUCACCAGUGGAUUUCUGUUGUCUUGACAUGUUGCCAAGUUGUAAUAAGUGUUUUAUAUUUAUUUAUUUUUAAAUGCAAUUUUUACAGGAACCAAAGUUUUUGUGAUGCCCAAUGGAAUGCUUAAAAGUAAUGCUCAGUUGGUAGAGAUCAUUGAGAAGGUGAAGCCUGAAAUUAGGCUUCUCAUUGAAAAAUGCAACACGGUGAGUUAAAAAAUGACAUUCAUUUUUGUAUGCUUGUUCUCCCUUUAAUUUAAUUGUGUAUUUAAUUGUAUAACGGUGGUUCCCAAACUUUCAAGGCGCUCUUAAUAUUUCAAUAUUUUUCCAAGGUGCCCCAAGUCGAAACAAUUUUCUAAGUUGUAUAUGUGCAGCGCAGUGGCAUAUACUGGGCCCCUGUUUGAGCAUAUAUCCACAAUCUAAUCUUGGGAGGGUCACUAGUAGAUUAUUUAAAGAAACAAUCCAGACACAAUAACCACUACAGCACUUUGAGGUGGUUAUGGUGCCAUAGUGCCUUCCCAGGGUAAGUAGUGAAACUGCUUAAGAACGGUUUGACAACUUACCUGGGAUCUGUCGGGAUAAGGGGCUGUAGUAGGGGAUAGGGGCAGUAGUGUGUGGGGGAUUGCAGUGUGUGUGUGUGGGGAGUGCAGUGUGUGUGUGGGGGGAGUGCAGUGUGUGUGGGGGUGCAGUGUGUGUGUGUGUGUGGGGGGAGUGCAGUGAGUGUGUGUGUGGGGUGUAGUAUGUGUGUGGGGUGGGGGGGUGUGUAGUUUGUGUGUGGGGGGCAGGUUGUAUGAGGGGGUAAUGUCCCAUUUGCCUGGGAGGGUGGACAGUACUAAUCCCUGUUGGUCCUAGUGGUGAGAGUGAACUCUAGCCGGCAGCUCAGGCUAGAGUUCACUCUCGCGAGAUUCAGAGCGUUGUUGUGGUAACCGCAACAACGCCCCUAGCUCGUGAGAGGAGAACCUGGCUGAGCUGCAGGUUAGAGCUCCCCCUCCUGCCGGCUGCCAGCAUUACACUGCUAGCAGGCCAGUGAGGGAGUGCCGAGAGGCGCCCUGUGUGCCCGUUGCAUCUCUUUUAAUUCCCUUCCUCUCCUACCUGGCUCAGAGACCAUGCAGAGCUUGUUGAAUGGUCCAAUCAAAUGCUCCUCUAUGUUCCCAGUUUUACAUACAAUGAGCACAGACUUCUUUUGUGUUCAGACUUCAUAUUAAAUUACUGCAGAUACCCUUUGUAAUGGACACUUUGUUGAACAUUGCUUCUUUUAAACCAAAGCAUGAGCUAUGAUCCAAAAGGAUCAGUGACCAGAAACCAGGCAUGGGAGACUGGUUCUAAGCAGUAUCUUAGUUGGUCCUAGAACUGCAUUCUUCGAGACCACGAUGUAUAAAUGCAUGUUUGUUCAUUGGGGUAUAUCUACUAAAUAGACUUUAUUUUAUUGUUUUUACUGUAUUUGGGUAAUGUCUCUAUAUGGGUAAGAGUGUCUUAUUAAAUGCAAUUGUGAGAUUUAAGCCUUCUAUUCAUGCUGCAUUUUUCAUCCUGUUCAAAUCAUAGCCAAUUGCUGUAAUCUUCUGAAACACUGUACAAGUUUCAAUGCUGUGCUUAAUAAGUGGAUAGUCAUUGACGGAUGAGCAAGUCUGCUAACACUGACUCUUUAGCUUAGUUGAAUCCAUCCUCAGUUUGUGUGAUAAGGAAUUUGCUUUGUGAAAAGUAGUAUGGAGGUAGAGUUACACUGCAGAAAGCCUGAUUUAUUUUUAUUUUUUUAAAUUAAUUUAUUUUUUUUAGAUAAAUUAAAGAUUUUGAAAGUUUAGAAAAAUACUGCAUCAAUAUGAAUGUAAAACGCAGUUAAAUUUUGUAGAUGCAUGGAGUGACAUUUUUAAUAUAUAAAUUUUGAAAGAAAAUAGUGAAUCACAUGGAAAAAGAUUUACACAAGUUAUAAAUGAUUUUCAAUGUUUAUUUCAAUGGUACCACCAGAGAAGUGACAGUUUAGCUUUAAGAUGUAUGGGUGCUUAUUGUCCGGUUAAAGAUUGUGUUGUGAUCUUGUUGUAUGUACAUACAAAUGUAUUUGUUUUGUUUUGCUGUUUAGGUAAAAAUGUGGGUUCAGCUGCUUAUCCCAAGGAUAGAAGAUGGUAACAAUUUCGGAGUGUCCAUCCAGGUACAAUCAGUAUUUUAUAAGCAAUGCCAAUAAUCCAUAACUUUUUUUUUAAAGCGGCACUGUCAUGCCGAACUUACCUUUCCUCAAUCUCUUCCUCUUCUCCCCCUCUCUCAGGAUCUGUUAUUCUUUUCUUCCUGUCUUCUUUAGUUUUCUUUAAAAUCAUAAGACAAAGUAAGGGACUCUUUGCCUUAUGGAGGGUUCCUCUGCUUGACCAGCUCUGACCAGCGGAGGAGCAAAGUGUGCUUCAUUUCCGCUGGUCAGAGCAAUUUUCCCAUGAUCCUUACCUUCCCUCUGUGUUCCCACGAUGCUUUACACAAAACUGCCGAAUUGCGUUCUAACUGAAUGACAACAGUCUGUUCGUUUCUUUUAGAACGCAAUUCUGUGUUCCCACGAUGCUUUACACAAAACUGCCGAAUUGCGUUCUAACUGAAUGACAACAGUCUGUUCGUUUCUUUUAGAACGCAAUUCGGCACUUUAUUCGGAUUGGAAUUUCAUUCGAAUGAAUGAAACUCCGAUCCUAUUCAUUGCUGUGGCUGCAUCUUGCCACAGUAUCAGGGAGUUAUCUACUAAAAGGCUGAAAGACCUAAAUUGGUCUUUCAGCCACAUUUACUAAUACUAAGUAAAGGUUACUUAGUAUUAGUAAAUUAAAUGCCCCUACUCGCUAUACUGCGAGUAGGGGCAUGUCUGGUAAACAGUGAGCAGCCUGUGGCUGUGGGUGGGGGCAAUAAUGAGGGGGGGGGACCUACUACCCCCCCCGGCCCCCACCCCUGGGCGGCGGGUGGAGGCCAUAAUGAGAAUGGGGGGGGACCUACUGCCCCCACCCCUGGGCGGCGGGUGGGGGCCAUGAAGAUAAUGAGGGGGGGGACCUACUGUCCUCCCCCCUGGCCCCCACCCCUGGGCGGCAGGUGGGGGCCAUAAUGAGAAUGGGGGGGGACCUCCGGCCCCCACCCCUGGGCGGCGGGUGGGGGCCAUGAAGAUAAUGAGGGGGGGGGACCUACUGUCCUCCCCCCCCCGGCCCCCACCCCUGGGCGGCGGGUGGGGCCAUAAUGAGAAUGGGGACCCACUGCCCCCAGGCGGGUGGGGGCCAUAAUGAGAAUGGGGAUCCCACUGCCCCCACCCCUGGCGGCGCUGGGGCCAUGAAGAUAAUGAGGGGGACCUACUGUCCUCCCCCCCUGGCCCCCACCCCUGGGCGGCAGGUGGGGGCCAUAAUGAGAAUGGGGGGGGACCUCUGGCCCCCACCCCUGGGCGGCGGGUGGGGGCCAUGAAGAUAAUGAGGGGGGGGGACCUACUGUCCUCCCCCCCCCGGCCCCCACCCCUGGGCGGCGGGUGGGGCCAUAAUGAGAAUGGGGGGGGGGACCUACUGCCCCCCCCGGCCCCCACCCCUGGGCGGCGGGUGGGGGCCAUAAUGAGUAUGGGGGGGGACCUACUGCCCCCGGCCCCCACCCCUGGGCGGCGGGUGGGGGCCCUAAGUCAAUUACCCCCCCCCACCCAAGGUGACUAGGGGUCCCCAAGCCCCUAGUCACCCACACCCCACCCAAAAAAAAAAGUCCCUACCUACCCCCCUCACCCUAAAAAAUAGUGAGGGGGGGAUAAAAUAACUAACCUGUAAAAUAAAAUUAAACUUACCAUUCGACGUCUUCUGUUUAAUCAAAUCUUCUUUUUCAGCCCCAAAAAAGGGCAAAUAAAAAAACCAUCAUAACCGUCGAAUUGAAAAUAAAAUAAAAAUCCAGAGCAAAAAAAAAAAACCCGACCGCAAAAAAAUAAUCCAUCUUCACCCAUGGAGAGCUCCGCAGGGCGGGGGAAGGCUUAUAAAGCCUUGCCCCGCCCUGCAAUUAGGCUAAGAACACUCUGAUUGGUGGGUUUAAGCCAAUCAGAGUGCUCUUUGUCAUUUUACACAGCGUGGGAAAAUUCAAAAGAACUUUCCCACGCUGUGUAAAAUGACACAGAGCACUGUGAUUGGAUGGCUUGAAAUCCAUCCAAUCACAGUGCUCUGUGUCAUUUUACACAGCGUGGGAAAGUUCUUUUGGAUUUUCCCACGCUGUGUAAAAUGACACAGAACACCGUGAUUGGAUGGCUUGAAAUCCAUCCAAUCACAGUGCUCUGUGUCAUUUUACACAGCGUGGGAAAGUUCUUUUGAAUUUUCCCACGGUGUGUAAAAUGACACAGAGCACUGUGAUUGGAUGGCUUGGGGGUUCUUAGGGCCCCACCACCAGAAUGGGGCAGUAGGUCCCCCCAUAUUCCUGAUAUGGCCCCCACCGCCUCCAAGGGUGGGGCCAGGGGUGCAGUAGGUCCCCCCCAUCUCACAUGGCCCCCACCACCACCCAGGGCGGGAGUACUGCCCUCCCCAUUCUCUGGCUUAUGGCCCCCACCACCGCCCAGGGUAAUGGGGGCAGUAGGCCCCCUCAUUGCCGCCCAGGGGUGGGGUGUGGGGGGCAGCUGGUGCGUCCCCCCCAUUCUCAUUAUGGCCCCCACCGCCGCCCAGGGUGGGGGAGUACUGCCCCCCCCCAUUCUCACUGUUUAGGCGUGGGGGCCCAUAGUUGUUUUUUUUUUUUACAGUGAGCAGCCACAGGCUGCUCACUGUUUAGUGGACAUGCCCCUACUCGCGGUAUAGCGAGUAGGGGCAUUUGGGAGAUUUUAAUCUCCCCCAUAGAGUGAGAGGGGGACCUGGGGGGCUUAUGAAGUGGUGGGGAGCACUGCUCCCUGCCGCUUCUAUAGUUACAUAUUACAAGGAGGGAGCUGCGUGCCGGUAGCUCCCUCCUUGUAAUAAACUGCACGAACAAACUAACACUGAUACAUUGUGUUAGUUUGUUCGGCUGAUAUUUCUAUUCACUCAUUCGUCUGUCUGAUGAAUGAAUGAAUAGCUGAAAUUCCCGUUCGCAUGUCCAGGUGUUUCACUGGGCAUGUGCGGGAAUCUCACAGUCUGCCUAGUGUGGGCUGAUGACGUGUCCCUGAGGGACUUCACCUACCCACACAAAGAUGGCUGCGCCCUGAAUAUAGAUCGGGGCAGAAAAUAAGGAUUAAAAAAUAGGUAAUGCUGGGGGCUUAGGGGCAUUUGGGGGUGACUAGUGGGUCAAUUGGAUGUAGUGGAGGCGGGAGAGGGGUUAAAAAAAAAAACCAGAAUUCGGCAUGACAGUGCCGCUUUAAUUGCUACAUUACCACCAAAGGCUCUCCCUGCUCCUCCUCUGCCCCAGGUUAAUUUUUGUUGCUGUAUAUUUUUUAGUUUUUUGUACUUUUAAAAAGUGGCCUAUUGACAUUACACAAGCUAAAAUAGAUCUUAUAUCAAACAUUUUUAUAUACAGGGACUUAAUUCGAGUCCACAAGAGAUCCUAGACUGACCAAAACAGCUAUAGUGAAUGGCUGAACACAGCUGGGCAAUCUUUGCUCAAAUCACGCUGCUUGACCUGGUACCCGCCGAAAUCCCUGAGGACAGAAGCUGCGUAACCAAAAACGUAUAAUAAUAAAUUAACACAAUAUAUUUUACUCCUGUUAUGUGUAGUGCUACAAUAAUUUAGCAACAAAUACUAGUUCAUGCGCUUUUGAGAUUUAACCUGUCUCAGUCACUAAGUAUUAUUCAUAAGCCUUUCAAUGAGUUUGGCAGUGCAGGUCAUUGCGAACAAAAUAUUUGUCCAGAUCACAUUUGUGAAAGAGAAAAAAAGGCAUACCUAUAUGUCAAGGAUCAAUUUAUGGUCUUUGCAUCAAGCUAGAUUGAAAUACAGAUUAAAAAUAAAAUAUAUUAAAAAAUCCCAUCUCCUCUAUCAUUUAAACCAUUGGCCUGUAACUGUGAAAUAGAUAAAACAGAUGCUGCAUGAAUUUGGCACAUGCGAUUGAUAAUGUCGUGUUCUUGUCAAUAAUUAGACUAGCAGGUCUUUCGUUGAAUGCCCAAUCAUAUAGAGAGACAAGGGGCAAUGAGCACACAUUGAGACCUGCUACAAACACAAUCUGUAAGCGUAUCAGCUUCUUGUUUCUUGCAGAAAUACAAAAUACCCCAGUUGAACUCAAAGAUAUGGAUAAGACCAUCAGUGGUUCAUUUGUUGCUGCACUGUAACUCCUAUUACUCUCAUGCUUAUAGGGUUACAUAUCACCAGACUCCUGUAUUGAAAGAAAGUUUGGAGUUGUUUCAUAAAACUGAAAUUAUUAGAGCCAAUGAGGGAAUAGCAAAGAUCAUGCCAAAACAGUCCGUUUUGAAAUGUAACCAGCUCACCCUUAUGGCUUAGUAUUUGUAAUUAUCUUGUCAAUUCUCCACAGUUCACUGUUUAGGGAAAAAAAACUUCAUAUGUUUCUGCUAUCUGUUAAAGUGGCAUUAAGGGGCACUUUAUUAAAGUAGUGAGGCAUGUUUUUUACAACAGUGAGCAGCCACUGGCUGCUCAUUGUUUAGUAGACAUGCGAGUAGGGGCAGAUGUAUUACCAAUACUAAGUAAUAUUUACUUAGUGUUAGUAAAUUUGGCUAAAAGACCAAUUUAGGUCUUUCAGCCAUUUAGUAGACCACUCCCUAAUACCGUGGGAAUUGGGAGCUAUCUACUCGCGGCAUGAAUAGGAUUGGAGUUUCAUUCAUUCAAAUAAAUUCCGAACAAAAGUCCAGAAUUUCGUCCUAACACGAAUGGACAAACUGUUCUCAUUCUGUUAGAACGCCAGUGAAACUACCGAAUUUCGUCCUAACAUUGAAUGAAGCAGCAGGAGGAAGCUGAGAAUUCUGGGAAAAUUGCUUUGACUUCAAGAAAUGGAACGGACUUUACUCCUCCCCUGGGUCAUAGCUGGUCAAGCGUAGGAAAAAUACAUAAGACAAAAUAAACUCUACUUUGUCUUAUGUUUUAAAGAAAACUAGAGCAGGCAGGAAGAAAGUCAUUUUGUUCCAUUGACAGCUAGUAUUGCUGGUAAUGAGUUACUUGUCAUAACUUUUUUUUUUUUUUAAAGGAGGAGACCGUGGCAGAACUACGGACAGUGGAGAGUGAGGCAGCCUCAUACCUUGACCAGAUAUCUAGGUAUGCAUUUUGCUGUUGUUUUGUGGUGUUAGAGCCUAUUGUUAUGCUGUUGUGGAUGUUUGAGAGCUGAUCCCUGACCUUUUCUUUCAAAUCGUUUGUAAGAAUACAUACAAUGAGCAAAGACCUCUUUUGUGUUCAGACUUCAUAUUAAAUUACUGCAGAUUUAAUAUGACACCCAAAACCCUGCCUAUUUGUAGCACAUCAAAAUAUGUUGCAUAUUUGGGGUCAGGCGUAAGGGCGUAGGCACGCGCACGCCAGGAGGGGAAGGUAGGAGAUAGUUACGAGAGAGAGUUAGUGGUGAGAUACGAGGGACGGAGAUAGAGACUUGCACUUGCGAAUACAAAGCUGACGAGGGUUGUGGAGCAGCUGGAAGCUGAAAGAAUAACGGUGAAGAUAGAAGUGGAGGAAAGAGAAAAGGGGAAUCUGUAAAGCAGACCGCCACAGACUCCAUUAACCCGCCCACAACAGAGAUUGGAACUUGGGGGAUUUGCGGCAAAAACGUCAUACACUAAGGUACCCAUUGCAGUAAACGGCUCGUACUGUUCUAAAGUCCUCUUUGCAACAAGGUAAUAGCCAACUAAAGUAUGAGUAUGCAGCACUGUAUUGGGAUUCUGUUAAAUUCUUGCUAGGAAAUAGUAAUAGUUGAAACCUCUAUAAAGAAAUAAUUUACCUCUGAGAAUGUUUAAACUAUAAUACAAGAUCUAUAGUCAAUACAAAUCUAAUCCUAACCCUUGAGUAGGGUGCUAUACGCAUAUAACUGGCAUAGGAAUUUAUAUAUUUGAAAACGAAAACAGUGAGGAAAAAAGAGAAAGGAAAAAAGCUACUGCAAGCUACCUAAAUGCAUUAAUUAAAUAAUACUCUUAUACAACCUCAAUAGGGGGCACCAGUGUAAUUUUGAAGCAUAAUUUUCCAAGCGGCAGUCAUGACAAGUGGGAUGUAGUUGCCCAUUUCUCACAGGACAGGUAGCAUUGAAAAGGUUAAAACAAAAUGCAGCCCCAACCCCAGUCUCCUCCACUCCUAGCCUUAUAAAGGGCAACUCCACCCUGAGCUCCCUCGCGAGAGACAGGUCAGGUAGCAGAGCUUUGCCUUCCCUUGGCAGAAUUGGUGAAGCUAUUCACCUUUUUUGUGUUUUGGAUAGACGUAGUGAGGGGAAUGCGGCUCAUGGAGGGCUCCGUCUUCCUUUUAAAAGGUUUGCUUAUCCAGUUCGCUUGUCCUUCAAUUAUCAUAGGAUAUGUACACACGACUGGCUCCUGUAUUUCACUCAUUUAUCAUUCCGCUCAAUCCGUGCCGGGUGACGGAAGAGGCGAAUGUGCGUCUGUACACACAGCUGGCAGGCUCCAUAUGUUGAUAACACAAUGGGGUGUUGUUGCAUUCCACUUACGGAUCGCAGAAUGCUAUGCACGUGCACAAAGCGAUGUCGGCACCUUGUGAAAACUCUUGAAUUUGGAGCCUAAUGACAGGAUACUUAAACCCAGCAGUAACUACCUGGCCACUGGGUGUGUUUCAGAUUAGUUACCAGUGUGCUCUCACCAGCCCUCCAGCACACCAGAGGCUUAUUAGGGUGAGCCCUAUAGCUUUAAUCUUAAUAGUUCCUCUUUUUUUCCUAAAUAAGUUUAUUUGGAUAUGUGUCUGCCAGAUGCAGGCCGCAUUAGCCUCUGUGCGUUCUGCCAAUUUGUCCAACAAACAGAGACAAUUAGGCAACCAAUUCCUUAUAGCCUCAUUAUCCAAAUAGAAGGCAGAAGCACGUUUAAGGUAAGCACAUAGUGGUUUAUGUGUCAGCAAGCUUGUACAAAAAUUCAAGGCAAAUUUCCAAGGCUGGCUUAUCUAUGAAGGAAAAGGCUGUACCCUGUGUAUGCUGGGCUUCCUCUAAUGCCUGUGAAAGCCAACCACAUUGUGGAACACAUGUACAGGUUGUUCUGUGUUUCCAAUAACAGAAAGGAAAUGUACACACAGGUUGUGAUUAAUGUCCUCUACCAGCCAAUGCAUGUGCAAGUUAUCUUCUGUUUUGAUAAAAAUUAUCCAUGUAUGUACAACCUAAAUGCCCAUUUGUGUGCAAUGCUCAGGCCCACCUAUGUUCAGCCUUACUGCAUGUUUGUGGGCAGUGUUCAGACCACCUGUGUUUUUUUUUGUUUUUUUCUUGCCUUUAAACAUUUGUUUCAGUUAGACUAGUGAGGUAUACGUACUGGGUAUAUAAUAUCCCUGAUUGUAAAUUUUACAAAGAUUCAAUUACAGUUAUGUAUAUAGUGCAACAUAUUCUGUCGCACUGUACAAUAAGUCAACUCAAAUAAUCCUUAAAAAAACCUGUUUUGACAUACAGGAACGGUAGGUGAAGAGGGACCUACCCAAAUAAGCUUUAUUAUCUAAAAGUUUGGGUUUUUCCUUGGACAAAGUGAAUUCCUCUAUAGUUUGACCAUUAUCAUGGUUGUUUUAACUCUAUUUGCUGCCAAUAUAAAUUACUGGUGGAAUUUUAUUUUAACCUAUGCUUAUCCACAGUUGAUGCAGGAAAUGGUUUAAUGAGGUAAAAUAUUGUUUACCCUUGAGAUUAUAAUUCAUAUAACAUAGUCGUUGCAGCAUUAAGACCAGAGUUGUUAGUCUGACAAUUUACCUUCCUGUAAAUUAUCUAAAUUUUGGAUCUAGUUUUACUCUACUUAUGAAAGUUGUAUCUUAAAUCGAAUUCCAGGGCUUUUAUGGAUGAACUGUUUUCUUUUUUUUUUUUUUAUGUGCUGGCCUGGUUUUAUAAGGCUUAAAAUGUCAUUGUCAUACACUUGAGUUACACCUACAUUUAAUUGAUUCCCCUUUUCACAUUUCUGAUAUGUCAGAUUCAAGUCAGGUGAAAAGAAAGGAUUCUGGUACUUGUGCACUAGGUUGUCUUGGAGUCCAUCUCUUUCUUUUCUAUGACUGUUACCAAGUCAGCCUCUGAGCAUUCAAGCAGCAGCUUGUGAGUCCUUCUGUGGAUUUCGAAGUUCCAUCUUAGCUGUGCUUUGGAUAAUAGGUGUAGUUCCUCCCUUGAAGCAAUCAAAUGGUUUUUUUUGUUUCUUCUUCCCAAGUUUAUAUUUUUGACUGUACAUAUAACAAUUUUAGGAUGUGUAUUCCUGUCUCUUAUGAAACCCAGACUUCCUGCAAUUAAAAAUUCACAGCUUUUAAUUUUUACAUUAUGUCCAUAGUGAGCAUAUUGUUUUCCUAGUUUCUUUUAAUAACCUCCACUCACUUUCCCUGGGUCACAUCAAAUUUAUAUCAUCUUCCAGCAUGGCCAUGUUGAAUUGGGAACUGUCAGCCAACUUCGAUGAGUUGGAAAAAGAGGGGAGGAGAGAGUAAAAAAAAAAAAAAACAGCGCUAAAUUGCCACAUUAAAAUUAUAAGAAAGGCAGCAAUACUCAAAGGGGAGUCCCCAAUAAUCCCCUAAUGAUAACAGAUAGCAAGAACAAACAUAGAUAUAAGGAUGCGCCUAAAACUUGAUAAAAUAAAAGACUAAAUUAGUCAGAUAAAAUACAGAAUAAAAUAAGUAAUAAAACAAUAGUCCAAUAAAAUAGGCUUAUCACAGUCCGUGAGGGUAGGUCCCACUUGUAAAGGAAUAUUCUUUAGGGUGUAGGUGGGAUCGUAUCUUCAAAUGUUGAGAAUUCAGCAUAUGUGGAGAGAAAAAUAAAAACAGGACUCCAAUGGCACAGUAAAUCGGUGUAUAAAAUAAAUAUUAAGGUAUAAAAUCAGUCUUACUCACACUUUUCAGAGCUAGGAUCAGCUCUGAUAUUGCUCGCGUAAAGUGGAAUAAUCCCCACUUCAAGGAUAUAUGGAGUAAAUUUUGAUUGUUGAAUAUCUGACGUGGGUUCAGCGUUCAAUUUGACGUAAUACGACCCAGAGGAAAAAAUGAAAUAAAAUAUAUAGUGCUCACUGUGUGUAAUAAAAUUAAAAGAAAGCAAAGUAUACUACUCGCGUAAAGUAGAGCAGACUCAAAACUGCUCAGUGAAGGCGCUCAGGUGGUAUAAUCCCCACCUAUGGAUUCUUUGCACUUCCUGCAGGGUGAGCCGUAUACGUAAAAAGAAUAAAAGAAAAUGAAUGUAAAAUCAGGUAAGGGAAAAAGCAAAUGGCAAUAAAGUAUUUUAUGCCAAUAAAAUAUCUUUAUUAUAGAGUUAUUAUAGAGUUCAAGAAGCCUGUUAAGGCGAAACGCGUUUAGAAAUUAAUAGAUUUUGUUCUUAACUCUAUAAUAAAGAUAUUUUAUUGGCAUAAAAUACUUUAUUGCCAUUUGCUUUUUCCUUUACCUGAUUUUACAUACAUUUUCUUUUAUUGUUUUUACGUAUACGGCUCACCCUGCAGGAAGUGCAAAGAAUCCAUAGGUGGGGAUUAUACCACCUGAGCGCCUUCACUGAGCAGUUUUGAGUCUGCUCUACUUUACGCGAGUAGUAUACUUUACUUUCUUCUAAUUUUAUUACAUACGGUGAGCACUAUAUAUUUUAUUUCAUUUUUUCCUCUGGGUCGUAUUACGUCAAAUUGAACGCUGAACCCACGUCAGAUAUUCAACAAUCAAAAUUUACUCCAUAUAUCCUUGAAGUGGGGAUUAUUCCACUUUACGCGAGCAAUAUCAGAGCUGAUCCUAGCUCUGAAAAGUGUGAGUAAGACUGAUUUUAUACCUUUAAUAUUUAUUUUAUACACCGAUUUACUGUGCCAUUGGAGUCCUGUUUUGAUUUUUCUCUCCACAUAUGCUGAAUUCUCAACAUUUGAAGAUACGAUCCCACCUACACCCUAAAGAAUAUUCCUUUACAAGUGGGACCUACCCUCACGGACUGUGAUAAGCCUAUUUUAUUGGACUAUUGUUUUAUUACUUAUUUUAUUCUGUAUUUUAUCUGACUAAUUUAGUCUUUUAUUUUAUCAAGUUUUAGGCGCAUCCUUAUAUCUAUGUUUGUUCUUACUUCGAUGAGUUGGGCUAAAACUAGAAUAUUAACUUCCAGUUUGUCCUCCUUUAAGAGGUAAUUUAUAUUUUAAUCAAACCAGGUUUCAGUAUUUUCAUGGCUGGAUUUUUUUUUUUUUUUUUUUUACACCUCACCAAUUUAUUGAGAUACCCUGUCUUACACCACAAGGGUCUGCUGCGUAGCCCAGCAGGGCAAAAUUAUUAUAGUUGUCGCUGGAGUAGCUAUACCAGGCCUGUGCUUUAAAAUAAGUUCAAGUGGCUACUUAAUAUGAAGACAGUUUUAUAUAUGAUUUUUUUUGUUUCCAUUCUGAAAUGAGCUGCACCCACUACAAUGGUGCAACAAUCAGAUCAAACUGACUUUAUCAGUUUUCCAUUAGUCAGUAUGUGCGGUGCACAGAGGCUAGGCUUCAUAGUGUGUGUGUGUGUAUGGCUUUAGAACGAAAUGGUGGCAUCUCAAUCACACCUGGAGGAUUCCGGGCAUUGUGUAAACCAGCAGUUGGUUUGAUUUUUAUCACACAUGUAGGCCAUAAAUGCUAUGCACUGGAAAUAGUAAUUCAGCUUCACUUAUUAUUGUGGUAUUUUGGGCUGUUGAAAGUAUCUCUGCAAUGGCUAGUUGUGAGGCUGGCCACGCUGAUGGUUUAAUUAGUGGUUAAUUAUUUGUCACGGAUAGGCAUUUAUAUCCUUUUUUCCUAUUUUCUGUUAGGUUUUGGUAUGUAUUGGGUUAUAUUACUCACCCUGUAAUGAUGGCAAAUAUAUAUUUUUCAUGUCUAUGUUUGUCCGUAUAAGUGACAAAAUACACUAAACCAUACACCUUAAAUGCAACCAUUGAAUAUAUGAAUAACGAGCAAUUGCUCUUUUCUAUUUUGAAAACUGGAGAGAGUAUAAUAUUCCUCCAAACCUUCAAAUUUAUGUCUGUAUAGGUGUUUUCCAUUUAUAUGCAUAUUUAACCCCUUAAGGACUGAGCCAAAUGUACACGUUGUGAUCAAAACAAAAACUUGAAAUUGCGCUAUAUGUCUAUUCAGGCGUAAUUCACCUCUUCCAUAUUAUGUGCACCCACACUUAUUAUAUAUCAUUUUAUUCGGGGGGGAAACAGGGCUUUCACUUAACAUCAAAUAUUUAGGUAUGAAACAUAAUUUAAUAUGAAUAAAAUAUUAAAAAAAUGGGAGAAAAUACUAAAUUUAAAUUUAUUUUUUAGUAGACAGGGUCCUCUGCUGUAUUGCGUCCAAGAUGUUAAAGACUCUGCGGGUAUUCUCCUCCCCCGAUUUCAUGGGCAUAAAGCCUAAUUGGUUGGGGUGGAUCAAAUCCAAUAUCACUGUAUUUAGUCUCUGGGCUAGAAUUUUAGCGUAGAUUUUAAUAUCUAAAUUAAUCAGUGAUAUUGGUCUGUAAUUACUAACUGAAGAGGGGUCCUUCCCUGGCUUCAGAAUUUGAGUGAUACUCACCUCCAGCAUCUCUGUUGGAAAUCCACGAGAGUGGACUAUUGAGUUGAAAACCCAUCCCAGGAUAGGAGUAACCACUAGGCUGAGUAUCUGGUUAAAAAGAGCUUUAGGCCUUUAAUAGCAUUACUUAUUUCAAGGUUGAGGAUGGGUUGAUUAAGAAGAUCUAAUUUGUGGCUGGAGAGUUUUGGAAGGUGAAGGGCAUCUAAAAAUUGGGAUGUGUCUAAAGUAGAAGCUGUAGGUUGUGGUAAGUUAUAUAAAGACUCAUAAUAUAAUCGAAAAAAGCUUCAGCAAUCUGUCUGUGGGAUAUACAAGUUUUCUUCUCAUGAAUUUUUUUUUUAUUAUUCUUGAGUGCUGGUUGUUAAAUUUUAAGCUUUUUUUUUUUUUGUCAGUUCUUUACCUACUCUAUUACUAGAAUACCAGCGACAUUUCACUCUUGAUAGGGCCAUUUCGGAGCUGAUCUUAAGACCUUUCCUUAUUUGGUCUCGAACAGACUGUAGCUCCUUAGUGGUAAACCCCACCCCCGCCCCCGGGUCAAAUUUUUCUAUCCUCUCCAGUGCUGCCAGAGAUGCAGAACAUUCAGCCAAGUCUCUACCCCUUUGUUUUUUGAGCUAUGUACCUUUCUUAACCAGGUGACCUCUUAAAACACUUUUCAUAGCGCACCAGAGUGUCGAUUCUGAAAUCUCUCCGUUGUCAUUGUAAUUCAGAUAGGAUUUGGCCUGGACGAUCAAAUCUUGUUUGCUGUUCUGAGUAGUUAGAAUAUAUUCACUCAGUCUCCAGUUGUUACAUAAUUUAUAGUCAGGAUUAUUUGAAAUAGAUAUAAACACUGGGGCAGGGUUGGACCAUGAGAUGUUACCCACUCUGGAACUAGAAAAUCUUUCCAGAGUGGGGCCCAACGUGCAGAAGUGGUCAAUUCGAGAAUACAAAGAGUGCACUCCCGAGAAGAAAGUAUAAUCUCUCUCCCCGGAAUGUUGCACUCUCCAGAUGUCAUAAAGCUUGUGCCGAAAAAGACAGUGGGAAAAGGCCUCCGCUUUAGAUUUAAGUCUAAGAUCGAAAUUAAAAAAAUUUGUUGUUUUUUCUAUCAAGAUCGAAGUCUGUGAUUAAAAUGUAUAUCUCCCCUCAUUAUCAACAAACCGCGUGAAAACAUCUCAGCGACCUUGUUUUUGAAUAACAUGUGAAGUCCAACUCCAAAUUUUGUAAUCCAUCGGAAGUUCCUUUAUUAAUCUUUUUUCCAUCAUAGUUCUUCCUAUCUUUAAAAGAGUCUAUUACACAGUUGAAAUCACCCAUAAUUAAUAGCACCCCCUGUUUGAUCUGAUAAAUUUUCUUCAUAAUCUGUUAAAUUUGUCUAAACUUACUAGGUGCAUAUACACUGCUCAAAAAAAUAGGGAACACUUAAAAACACAAUGUAACUCCAAGUCAAUCACACUUCUGUAAAAUCAAACUGUCCACUUAGGAAGCAACACUGAGUGACAAUCAAUUUCACAUGCUGUUGUGCAAAUGGGAUAGACAACAGGUGGAAAUUAGAGGCAAUUAGCUAGACACCCCCAAUAAAGGAGUGGUUCUACAGGUGGUGACCACAGACCACUUCUCAGUUCCUCUGUUUCCUGGCUGAUGUUUUGGUCACUUUUGAAUGCUGGCAGUGCUUUCACUCUAGUGGCAGCAUGAGACGGAGUCUACAACCCACACAAGUGGCUCAGGUAGUGCAGCUCAUCCAGAAUGGCACAUCAAUGCGAGUUCUGGCAAGAAGGUUUGCUGUGUCUGUCAGCGUAGUGUCCAGAGCAUGGAGGCGCUACCAGGAGACAGGCCAGUACAUCAGGAGACGUGGAGGAGGCCGUAGGAGGGCAACAACCCAGCAGCAGGACCUCUACCUCCGCCUUUGUGCAUGGAGGAACAGGAGCACUGCCAGAGCCCUUCAAACUGACCUCCAGCAGGCCACAAAUGUGCAUGUGUCUGCUCAAACGGUCAGAAACAGACUCCAUGAGGGUGGUAUGAGGGCCCGACAUCCACAGGUGGGGGUUGUGCUUACAGCCCAACACCGUGCAGGACAUUUGGCAUUUGCCAGAGAACACCAAGAUUGGCAAAUUCGCCACUGGCGCCCUGUGCUCUUCACAGAUGAAAGCAGGUUCACACUGAGCACAUCUGACAGACAUGACAGAGUCUGGAGACGCCGUGGAGAACGUUCUGCUGCCUGCAACAUCCUCCAGCAUUGGUUGGGUCAGUAAUGAUGUGGGGUGGCAUUUCUUUGGUGGGCCGCACAGCCCCCCAUGUGGUCUUCAGAGGUAGCCUGACUGCCAUUAGGUACCGAGAUGGGAUCCUCAGACCCCUUGUGAGACCAUAUGCUGGUGCAGUUGGCCCUGGGUUCCUCCUAAUGCAAGACAAUGCUAGACCUCAUGUGGCUGGAGUGUGUCAGCAGUUCCUGCAAGACGAAGGCAUUGAUGCUAUGGACUGGCCCGCCCGUUCCCCAGACCUGAAUCCAAUUGAGCACAUCUAGUACAUCAUGUCUCGCUCCAUCCACCAACGUCACGUUGCACCACAGACUGUCCAGGAGUUGGCAAAUGCUUUAGUCCAGGUCUGGGAGGAGAUCCCUCAGGAAACCAUCCGUCACCUCAUCAGGAGCAUGCACAGGCGUUGUAGGGAGGUCAUACAGGCACGUGGAGGCCACACACACUACUGAGCCUCAUUUUGACUUGUUUUAGGUGCAUAACAUCAAAGUUGGAUCAGCAUGUAGUGUGUUUUUCCACUAUAAUUUUGAGUGUGACUCCAAAUCCAGACCUCCAUGGGUUAAAAACAUUUGAUUUCCAUUUUUUUUAUUUUUGUGUGAUUUUGUUGUCAGCACAUUCAACUAUGUAAAGAACAAAGUAUUUCAGAAGAAUAUUUAAUUCAUUCAGAUCUAGGAUGUGUUAUUUUUGUGUUCCCUUUAUUUUUUUGAGCAGUGUAUAUUAGCUAAUGUAAAAAGUUAUUUAUUUCGCACAUCAGGAUGAUGUAUCCUCCUUCUUUAUCAAGAUCUUGGUAUUAAAUGUUUAUGGAUAUAUUUUUGGCAAACAUAAAGGCCACCCUUUUUUUUUUUCAGAGCCACGCUUAUUAGUGGAUAAUUAAUAGAUUAAUAAUUAUGUUAGUUUUUAUCCAAUGUGUUUCUUGUAAUGCACAAACUUGUAUUAUUGUUAUUCUUCAGGAAACCCAGAAUUAGGGAUCAUACUUAAAUUCAUUUAACGGUAUAAAUCUCAAACUAUCUAAAUUCUAAAGCAAUGAAAUUAUUAGGCUUGAAAAUGCCUAUAAUGAAAUCAACAGCAGUGAAGCAAUAGGAAAAGGAUCUAGCCAUUUCUAUACAAUAUAAGACCUGGGAUUCUUUACUUAUAAAACUUAAACAUAUCCAUUAUUUCAAUAUCUUAGAGACCUAUAAAAGUCAUGUACAGGUAGUAUGUGGUGCCAACAAGGCUUUUUAGGAUCUCCCCUUCUAAUUCCCUAGUUUGUUGGAGAUGUUUAGAAGAGGGCACCAUGUACCACAUAUGAUGGAUCUGUUCUAGAAUAGUACAAUUCUGGGAUUUAUUAUUCAAAAUCAUAACACACGAUCGGUAUAUCGCUGAUUUAAAAACCCGAAACCGCUCUACUAAAUACGAACAGUAGGGUAGGAGUUAAAAAUUAAGAUAUUCUGAUUACCUAUAGUAUUAUGGCAGCCGAAAUACUAAUGGUUAGGCACUGGAAGCAAGUAAUAAUUCCAACAAAAUAAUUAUUCAUAAAGCAAUUGCUUUUCCAAUUGGAAAUAGGAAAAAAGUAUGCAACUAUAUAGUUAUCAUCUGGGUCAUACAUAUGCAACCAUUUACAGAGAGCUUAUAGAAAAGGUUAUUAUCCAAUAAUAUUGCAACCUAAAAGAGCUAUUUUAUAACUAAUGCAUUUUUGAAUGGAAUAAAUUAAAGCAGUUAAGGGUCUCGCAGCGUUUAAGUGACGUGGUAGUCAAACUAACUUGAUUGCGUUCUACGAAGAAGUAAGUAGAAGUAUAGAUCAGGGUGUUGCCGUGGAUGUGAUCUAUUUGGAUUUUGCCAAGGCAUUUGAUACAGUUUCACACAAUAGAUUAGUGUUCAAACUCAAGGAAAUCGGUCUAGAUGUAAAUGCUUGUUCUUGGGUAGAACAUUGGCUUAAAAACAGAGUACAAAGAGUUGUCAUUAAUGGUAAAUUUUCAAGCUGGACAGAGGUGGCAAGUGGUGUCCCUCAGGGGUCUGUUCUGGGACCCCUUCUAUUUAACAUGUUUAUAAAUGAUCUUGAAGACCGCAUUGAAAGUCAUGUUUCAGUGUUUGCAGAUGACACAAAACUUUGUAAAACAAUACAAUGUGAGCAAGAUAUUACUUUGCUGCAGAGGGAUUUAGAUAGACUGGGGACUGGGCACUCAAAUGGCAGAUGAAAUUUAAUGUUGAAAAAUGCAAAGUUAUGCACUUCGGCGUAAAGAAUACACAAGCAACGUAUACCCUUAAUGGAAGCGAAUUAGGGAUAACAACACACGAAAAGGACUUGGGAAUUGUUAUAGACAACAAACUAUGCAACAAUGUGCAAUGUCAAUCAGCAGUGGCCAAGGCCAGUAAGGUAUUGUCAUGCAUGAAAAAGGGCAUUCAUUCUCGGGACAAGAAUAUAAUUUUGCCUCUUUAUAAAUCACUGGUAAGACCCCAUAUUGAAUAUGCUGUGAAAUUUUGGGCACCUGUUCUAAAGAAGGAUAUUAUGGCACUAGAAAAAGUGCAGAGGCAGGCUACAAAACUAAUAAAAGGAAUGGAACAUAUCGCCUAUGAAGAAAGGUUAACAAAUUUAAACCUAUUUAGUUUCGAAAAACGUCGCCUGAGAGGGGAUAUGAUAACAUUAUACAAAUAUAUUCUGGGCCAAUACAAACCAUUGUGUGGAAAUCUAUUCACAAACCGGACUUUACAUAGGACACGAGGCCAUGCGUUUAGACUGGAAGAAAGAAGAUUUCGUCUAAGGCAAAGGAAAGGUUUUUUUACUGUAAGAACAAUCAGGAUGUGGAAUUCUCUGCCUGAGGAAGUGGUUUUAUCAGAGUCCAUACAGAUGUUCAAACGGCUACUAGAUGCAUACUUGCAAGAACAGAAUAUUCAAGGAUAUAAUCUUUCAAUGUAGGGUAAUAACUGCUUGAUCCAAGGAUAAAUCUGACUGCCAUUCUGGGGUCAAGAAGGAAUUUUUUUCCUAGCAUGUUGCAAAAUUGUGCUUCAAACUGGGUUUUUUUGCCUUCUUUUGGAUCAACAGCAAAAAACAAAUGUGAGGUAGGCUGAACUUGAUGGACGCAAGUCUCUUUUUAGCUAUGUAACUAUGUUUUCUGAUAUGUAUAGGGACCAUGCCCAAUGCCUAUAUGUGAUUUAUGUAUACAUUGUUUGUCAUUUUACUGUAUGAUGCACAUUGUAUUAUGUGUUAGAAAAAAAUAUAUGAAAUUAUAAAUAAAUUGGGAAAAACAAACAAAAUAUGUUGCAGAUUUUUCUUCUGCACGAACAGUUUUUAACCCCGUAAGGACCAAACUUCUGGAAUAAAAGGGAAUCAUGACAUGUCAUGUGUCCUUAAAGGACCACUAUAGUGCCAGGAAAACACUCGUUUUUCUGGCACUAUAGUGCAUUGAGGGUGCCCCCACCCUCAGGGUCCCACUCCUGCCCGGCUGGAUGGAGAGGAAAGGGUUAAACUUACCUCUUUCUCCAGCGCUGGGCGGGGAACUCUCCUCCUCCAUAGCAACGUCAUCGGCUGAAUGCGCAUUCUCAAUGCUUUCCUAUGGACGCUGGCGUCUUCUCACUGUGAAAAUCAAUGAGACAGCCACUAGAGGCUGGAUUAACCCUAUUAUAUACAUAGCAGUUUCUGUGAAACUGCUAUAUUUAUAGAAGAAAGGGUUAAUCCUAGCUGGACCUGGCACCCAGACCACUUCAUUAAGCUGAAGUGGUCUGGGUGCCUAUAGUGGUCCUUUAAGGGGUUAAAGCUGUCCAAUCUUAAAUGUCUAGCUUCAGCCCAGAGUUCACAAUCUAUCAUUGUCAUCCAAGUGAAAUUUAUGGGCCUAUAUUGGAUCUCACUGCAGUGUAGAGGCCUGGUUUUUGUCAAAUGCUGAAAUAGUUUGACCAAAAACCGGGGAUGGCAUGCUGUGUAAGUGUAAUAGAAAAUGUGAAAAAAUACCAUACUAUAUUAACAAAGCUUUGUUUAUUAUUAUGAUUGGUGGGUUUUUUUUGGUUUUGUUUUUUGUCAAGUAAAUCAAAAUUUACUCUUAAAACACAACACAUUGUCUGGAAACCUGCCUGUAAGGAUGCUUCCUGUAUACAGUAUAUGGUACUGAUACCACAUUUGUCUCAAGAAGAGAAUUGUUUAAGUCUGGAUAUAAGUCAAUGUUGUUUUUGUUUUAUUUCCAUUGUUAUCCACUGACCUCUUUGCUUUUUGUAUGACAAAAAUGCCAUCACACCUUCUCUGAUGAGUAUUAAAAGUACAGCAGUUAGAGUAGCCACCAAGAGCACCCUUACUAUUCUUUGAGUGUUACACAUGUUUUGUGAAACUAUAAAGUCACAUUUGCCUUGUCUUACCUGUCACUGCAAUGGGCAUAAUUCAUUAUUGCACUAUGGAAUAAUGGCCUUUAAUUUGUGUAGUGCAUUAAUGAUCUGCCUGCCUGGUAGAGCUGGUAUUGUCAAUGUCAAAAUAGGUUAAUUUGAUUGUAUGGAAGGUCAGAAUUUUUUUGGUUUGUUUUUUUUUAGCCUUAAUUCUCUUUGGAGUUGGAACCCCCCACAGAGGUCAGAUGACAGAUGGGGUAAUGGAAAUUGCAUUGGAAUGUGAAAAGGGUUUUACUAUAUGGAUGAAGCCUGUGAAUUAAUCAAAGGCUCUGUAAGGUGUGAGAAGUUGCACAUAAGUAGCCUGAAUGUCUCUUCAGACAUAUGGCCUCUACCUUUUAAUGAGUGGAUUUUUUUGAUAUGUUAAUAGCCAUUAGCUUUGUUCCAGUAUCAUAUCUAAAAGAAAAAAACAUUUAAUAUUUACCCACAUAAUAAUUAAGCCUCAUUUAUUUUUCAUUUGGAAUGUGACAAGCCCAAACAUGAUUGGAAGGAAUUGUGAUGUCAGACAUAUUGGGUCGCAAGUACGAUGUGAGACAGAUCUAUAGAAUGGGAAAAUAAUGACAAAUAAGUAGAUGUAAUUAUUAUUUUUGUGGCAGGUACAUAAGAGAAGAUAGAACCAAAUGUUUCCAUUUGGAUUGAUGUUGGUCUGGAACACAAGAGGGUGGACAAUCAUUAUCUCUAUAGAUAUUCCUUAACUCCACCUCUAGACCAGGUGUGGUAACCCACAGGGUAUAUAUCCAAUGAUACUGAAAUGUCUGUGCACUUGCUUGUGUGCAAAAUCUAAUUUUGAGUAUGUCACCAUCUUCCGUGCCGGAGACCUACUGGGCAGAAGUUUUACUUUGAAAACCUAAGUGAGUAAGUGUUUAGGACUUCUGUUAUUUUAUCCCUUUUGUUUUUAUCUGUUGGUGUAAAUAGUUUUUUCAUCUAUAUUUUUGUUUGUACAGUGACUAUUUUUUUUUUGCUCCUAAUGAAUAUUCCUUUAUUAAGUUCUACCUUUGUCUGGUUAAGAAUCACGCUACCUGAAGAGACUAAUUAGUAUUUUGCAAUUGCUUAGAUAUUGUGCCAAGUUGUAUUUGGUGGGUUUUUAUUAUUGAUUUAGCUGAGGGCUGCCCAUUUAUAAAUUGUCUUUGUGGUGGCAGCGGUAAAAUAGUAAUAGUUAUAUUAUUAUGUUAAAGUGUGGGUGGUGUUAAGGGGGAUUUUGUCAUUAUUUCCAGUCUAGUGCAGACAAAUAGUGAACGUUAACCCUUUCACCACCACAAUUACGUCACGCGCACUCUUGAAGUAGGGUGCGUUUGUGACAUUACCAGCUACAGUUUUCUACAUACAUUGACAUUUCGAUAGGUGAAUUCCAAUUUCAAAAGGGCUACCAAAUGACCAAACGUAAGUCAUUAAUGUAAAUUUGUACUUGAACUCAUAUUUUUUUUUUUUUUUUUUUACUGCAGAUAUUACAUAACUCGAGCAAAAUUGGUGUCUAAAAUAGCCAAAUAUCCUCAUGUGGUGAGUAACAAUGUGUAAAGGCUCAUGUGCCAUAUGGUAAGGCUGUUUAUAUACUGAUUUUUCUUUGCAUUGCUGUACAUUUGUUUCAUUAAAAUGUUUGUUUUUGGUUUUGAGUACCAUGCCUGUUUUUGCAUUCAAGUAAAUGAUCACAUUUGAACAACUGAAGAAAGUGUUAAUUUGUUUAUUAACCACUUAAGGACGCAUGACGAAAAUGGGGAUUUAAAUUCCCAUAGUGCACAAAGCAGUGUGAGCAGGGUUAAAUCCCUGCUCACACUAGGAAACCCAGGUAGCAUUAGAAAUCUGGGGGUCCCCUCUGUCAGCUGGGGCCAUUUUUAGUGGCCUCGACUUUUUGAUGAGCUGCAUGCAGAGCUAAAAGUGAGGUCGGCAAGCAGCUCUUUUAAUGGGGAUUUAAAUACCCAUAGACAGCAAUGUAGGGUUAAAUCUCUGCUCACACCAUAGAUACCAUAGAUCUCAAUAGAUACCUGGGGCUUCCCUCUGUCAGCUUGGGCCAUUUUUAGUGUCAUUCUCUCAAGUGAUCUGGUGCUUGGGAGACCCCCAGGGUCUGAACAGACGCUGGAGGGUCACCCUCUAUGCCCCAAUGCCAUUCUGAUCAGUGCUGGGCAUUUUCAGUUGCCCAGGACAGAUCGCAUUGCAUUGGGCAUAAUGUCUUCAAUGUAAGAGAUGGGAGACUGCAGUACUGAAAAUAGCCAGUAGAUGGCAGCAACAUACCACUGUCUAUUUUAGUUUAAAACCCCUUUACUAAAUCCAGUAUUGAUAUUAGUAGAGGGAAACUUUUGGGAUUAAGAUUAAAUUAAGGAUUAUUAUUCGGUUUAGAAUAAGUACUAAAUUUAUUAUUGGGUUUAUUGUUAAGUUUAUGUUUAAGAUUAGGUUUAUAAUUAAUUGUAGUAUUGGGAUUAUGUUUCAGAUUAGGAUUCAGAUUAUGGUUCAGAUUAGGAUUAGGCUCAGUACGGGCAUCCCUUGCUGAAUAUAGAAAGUAAAUUCCUCUGCUGACACCAGCAGAGGGAAUCAUUUUAACACUAUUGCUAAAGGUAGGAUUGAGGUUAGGAUUAAGGUUAUAAUUCAGGUUACACAUGGGAUUAGGUUAUGGGUUAGGAUUGUGGUAAGGGUUUAUUAUUAGAUUUGGGAUUAGGAUUUGGUUUAGAAUUAGGGCUUGGUUUAGGAUUAGGGAUUAAGAUUGGGAUUAAAAUUAAGAUCGCUACUUUCCAAAGAUAUACAUAUGGGGUAUAUCUGUACUGAGAUGAUGUUGCUGAGUACAGCUAAAAUAAUUUUAUGACAGUGGGACACACGAGAUUUAAAAAAUAAGCAUCAAAAACACUGUGUAUGUAAAAAUUUUAAAAUAAAAUAAAUACUACAAACUUUGAAACAAAAUGGUAACAAAAUGUCACUUCAAUAAAGCUUAUAAUGUUUUAUGUCAGAGUCCACUUGGUGUCCACUUUUGUAAAUGGUAUGCAUUGGUGGCAUAUUUUAAAUAUAUGAGCGACUAAAAUGCCCCAAAAGGAAACAAAGACCCAUUGUCAAUUUGCCAUUUUAAAAAACUGUACUGGGCCGGGUAUGAUUUUAGCCCUGUAUUUUUUCACAAAAACCUGGCUAGGGUAUACAGGGGUCAUUUUGUACUCAGGAAAUAUAGCUGAGAAUAAUUUAGUGAUUUAAUUUACAGUAGCAUAUAUCACGUUUCCAAAAUUAACCACUAAAAUACAUGUGCGUAUAAAAAUGCAAAAAUAAAACAAUAUGAUAAAAUUUGAAAGAAAUUGGUGCUGACAUAACUAUAAUACAGCUCAAAAUAUACCAUAUGACAUAGCUCGUGGUGUCUACUUUCACAAAUGGUAUGCAUUUAUGGGGUAAUUUUAACUGUAAAACUGCUACAAUGCCCUAAAAUGUGAUAUAGACACAUCAAAUCCAUUUAUCAAAAUUUUAAUUGUAAAAACUGUAAUGGUCAGGACUCUUAAGGCACUGUAGCUUCACACGAUAGUGGAAAAGACAUACAUCGGGGGUAUUAUUUUAUUCAGAGGUUUGCCGAGCAUAAUUAUGGGAUUUUGAUCACAGUGGCACAUACCAGACUUGAAAAAUUACCAAAAAAAAUUUAACAUGUAUGUAAAAAAUGGAAAAAAUAUAUUUUACCACAAAGUUUGACAUAAACUGGUGAAAAAGUGGUAUCACGUUAAGGCACAAUAUACACCAUAUGUGAUACACUGUAGUGUCUACUUUCACCAAUAGUAGGUCCUUGAGGGAUAAAUUCAACAGUUAAACUGCUACAAUGCCCCAAAAUGAAAUCAAAUUCAUCUAUCAAAAUUAUCACUGUGAAAACUGAAAUGGUCAGGUCUCUCUUAUGGCACUGUAACUUUACAGGAUAGUGGCAAAGGCAUGGAUUGGGGAUAUGGGGGUUUUCUACAGCAGUAGUAUAUAUCAGCUUUAUGAAAUGCACAUUAAAAAAAUAAAAUUUUACUACACUAUUUAGCAGUGAUUGGCGGCGAAAUGGCUACUUAAAGAGUGUCAGAAUACCCUUUGGUAAAUACCCUGUGAUGUGUGAUUUAUAUAAAUAUAUACUUUUGUGCGGCAAUUUUGCUUUCUGUGAUGGCUAUUAAGCUUACAAGACAAACAUACCAACUUCUAAAAUAGCUCCACAUUAACAUUUUAUUUUACUCCUUGUAUUUUGUGACCUGUAACUUUCAAAAUAAGCUGAAAUCCUAGACAUAUUUUGUACUCUGAAAAUCAGAACAACUAAUUGAAUAUUUUUUUUACUUACUUUCCUUAAGCUGCAUUUAUUAUACACACGUUAUUAUUGCCUAAAAUGUGAAAAAAAAAUCCUUUUUUUUUUUUUUGCAAUCUUUUUGAUUUUUUUAUAAUAAAUAAGAAUUUAUAUAUGUAUAUGUCAAUCAGAUUAAAGCCCUUUUUGUCCUUUUAAAAAACGAUAUAUAACAUGUGUUGGUGCAAUAAAUAAGAAAAAUGCAAGGGAGGUUGACACAAACAGCAAAAAAUGCUUGUGUCCUUAAGGGUAGGUCCAGUUUUUGAAGCUGUGUCUUUAAGGUGUUAAUUAGAUACAAAGCUUCUCUUUGUUACUUUUUUAUUCAGUUAUUAAGGGGUGAAUUUGUGAACUUGUCCCAAUUUUUUUUUUUUAUUUUUUUUAUAAAUACUUUAGCACAUUUCUGUUUAUCUUCAUAGAACAUUUUGUUACCACCUUAGUCUAAUAAAUAUGUACAUGUGAGGUCUCCAUUCAAUUAUAUUCAGAAAUCCCCACAUCUACCCUGGGAGUCCCUCAAUCAUGGCUCCCUGCCUAACAUUGUUAUAAGCCCUGCUCUUCUUACUCAAUAAACAUGCAGAAAAUAUAGUGGUGUUUUAUGUUAUAAUAAGUGAUGCAAAAAUUGAAAAUGGAGUCCAGUCACCCUUUUUCCUUUUUGUUCUUCUCACUCUCACGGUGAUAGCCCUCAUGUUUUACUACUUUAGAGUAAUUUUUAGAACAGAUGAUUUUGAUACAUUUCUCCCAAUGUUUAUUUUCUCAUCCAUCAAUGCAGACUAGACUGGAUUGUAACAUCAAUUGCUAGAUCUUUAACCCCUUAAGGACCAAACUUCUGGAAUAAAGGGAAUCUUGACAUGUAACACAUGUCAUGUGUCUUUAAGGGGUUAAUAUACAUUUUAAAAGAAAGUGUAUUACCAGCUAAAGCAUUGUAUGAAAAAUGACAUUAAUGGGUUACUCCAACCAUCAUAACCACUACAGCCUAUUAUAGUUGUUAUGAUACCUGGAUCCUACAGGGCUCUUGAUUUUCUUUGUACUCAGAUUUGACAUCUGGCUUCUGCAGAGCUGCAGAAGCUGUGGUAGAUCCUGAUUUUCAUUGAAUGGCAGAGAACGUGAGCUGAUCCCUCUCAGCCAAUCAAUGAGCGUCUGUUCUUCAAAAUUUGAACAGAAUUUACAUUAGUCAGCCUGGAAAUUAUUUAUUUGCCCAUUUAAUGUUAAAUUGUUUGGCAUAUGUUAAACGGAACAGUGUAUUGAAACACAAAUUAUAUAUUCAUGGGACAGGAAAGCGCACCCAACUAUUUAAUAUAAUGUCUAAAUUUCCAGGUUCUGAGCCUCUUCCAGCAUUCACAGUGUCACAGCAAUGUAGCUGUCUUAUGUUGAAAUGAUUUGGAGAAUGAAUAACUUCAUAUAUCUUAAUUUUCUUUGCAUAUCAUGAUCAUUAAUAGAGCACUCUAAUGUUACAGCAUAUGUUCAGUGGCAUCAUACUACUGCCUGAAAACCAAUAGACAUGUUUUUGGACAAAUAUAAACAUUGAUAUUUUAAAUUGUCCAAGAAAGUGCUCCAAACAAAGCCAUGACUAAAUAUGUGGUUUUGUUGCUUACUGUCCCUUUUAAUGGUUGAUAGGCUGAAAAUCACCACAGGGUCUCAUAAACCCUUACGCAGCCAUAGACUUACGCACUAACACAUUUCUGCUUUCCUUGUCUCUGUGUAAACUCAGCUGCUGGGAAUAGUCAAAGAAGUCACACCAGUUCAGAUGGAUUAUCAAUCAGCAUUAAAAAAUUUAAUGCGUCGUACAUCACAUCUAUAAAACACAGUUUGUCUAGGGGUGUAUUCAUCAACGGAAAAGUAACCAAUCAUAGGAGUCUCAGAACCAGAAGUAUAAUUUUUCAUAUAACUUUACGUCUUGCGGUUAGUUAGUCUUCUGUUAACUGAUGAACCCAAUUAAAGAUUGCAGGUGCUUAGAAAUAAUGUUCUUUUUCUUCAAGUGCAGGAUGUUUAUAAAAAAAAGAGUGAUAACUGGUGUAAGGCACACAAGCACAAGAAUAGAAAAAAAAUUGUAUGUAUAAAAAAUGAAUAAAGAAAACAGAAUGAAGUGUAUCUAAAUCAUGAUACAAGAUGUAAGUAUCAACAGAAUUCCAGAUAGCCACCAAAUAGCCUACUAAAGAGGCCAGAUAAAGCCACUAAAAACAAAAAAUAAUAAAAGUUUAUUGUACAAAAAUAAAUAUGAAACCCAAACAAGUGCUACCAUAUACACACCCAAAAAUGAUAAAUUAAAAUGAUUGCUAGACAGGUCUAUAAAGAAAAAAUAGAUCGUCUAAAUCAAGGUAAAACAACAAAAUAUGUUGUAACAGAUCAAAAAAUGAAAACCAUUCCUGUCAGUUAUAUCUGGUCAUAGGCCAGGCUAGAAGAGCAGAAUGCCAGUCACAUAGAUCGGUAAAUAUAUUGGAUCUGGCACUUUAAAUCUCCAUAAUAAAAUAAUGUACCAUAUAUGUCUUAUUCAAGGUAUGAGUCAAUAUGGAGAGUCAAUUAUCCGCAGUGAUAAAUAAUAAACCAAACUAAAAAGUCGGUCUAAUAAUAGGUAGAUCGAUUAUAAGGUCUGUCUCAUUGGAUGAAAUACUAAUGGGCAGAGUGGAUCUUCUAAAUAGCUAAACACAAGCUAAUAUAGGUAGAUAUUAAAUGUCAAUAAAUCACAACACAGAAGAAAAUAAGGUAAUUGAAUCGAUAUUAAACUUUAUAUUGCUGAUAACUCUCUAUUUUCUGUGUGCUACCAAAUUGAUACUUUGUAGCACCUCUUAUUAUAACCUUUUUCUCAUGUAUUUCUCUCCCUUAUUAUGUUCCCCCCAGACAUAUCUUUAUGACUUUCUCACUGUCAGUUUAGUCUAUACGUGCUGGAUGUAUCCACUGAUAUAUUGUUCAUCCAGCUGAUUAGCAGAAUUUUUUCAUGCAGGCUAUCGCUCCAUUACUCUAAAUUCGUUAUCCUAUUAGUUUAAUAUCGAUUCAAUUACCUUAUUUUCUUCUGUGUUGUGAUUUAUUGACAUUUAAUAUCUACCUAUAUUAGCUUGUGUUUAGCUAUUUAGAAGAUCCACUCUGCCCAUUAGUAUUUCAUCCAAUGAGACAGACCUUAUAAUCGAUCUACCUAUUAUUAGACCGACUUUUUAGUUUGGUUUAUUAUUUAUCACUGCGGAUAAUUGACUCUCCAUAUUGACUCAUACCUUGAAUAAGACAUAUAUGGUACAUUAUUUUAUUAUGGAGAUUUAAAGUGCCAGAUCCAAUAUAUUUACCGAUCUAUGUGACUGGCAUUCUGCUCUUCUAGCCUGGCCUAUGACCAGAUAUAACUGACAGGAAUGGUUUUCAUUUUUUGAUCUGUUACAACAUAUUUUGUUGUUUUACCUUGAUUUAGACGAUCUAUUUUUUCUUUAUAGACCUGUCUAGCAAUCAUUUUAAUUCAUCAUUUUUGGGUGUGUAUAUGGUAGCACUUGUUUGGGUUUCAUAUUUAUUUUUGUACAAUAAACUUUUAUUAUUUUUUGUUUUUAGUGGCUUUAUCUGGCCUCUUUAGUAGGCUAUUUGGUGGCUAUCUGGAAUUCUGUUGAUACUUACAUCUUGUAUCAUGAUUUAGAUACACUUCAUUCUGUUUUCUUUAUUCUUCAUUUGGGGUUACCCCCCACCUUUCCUGUGUAUCUAACUUGGCUCAAUCUAUUCACUGUAUAAAAAAAGAAAGUUUAACCCUUCCAAAGAUUGAGUAUUUUGUAUUAUAAUCAGGCCUACAGACCAUUCAGUCUUUCAUGCCAUGUAUACAGUAUAUACUUUUAGCUAGUAAUAAUAAAUACAGAAGUAGAAAGCAGGACAUGAGACUGACAACCUGUAAUAUAAAAUAAAUAAAUAUAAAUAAUGUUCCUAUAUAUGUGCAGAACCCUCAAACUACCACCCAGGAGGGGUGAGAAAAUCCAUUUUUAAUUUUGGAUAUAUAUAUAUAUAUAUAUAUAUAUAUAUAUAUAUAUAUAUAUAUAUAUAUAUAUAUAUAUAUAUAUAUAUUCCAAUGCUUGCACUCCAGUAUAAGCAAUAAAAUUAGCCCUGUGCUUGUCAGCAAAAUUACAUCAAUCUAUAGACAGCAUACAUAUAUGUAUGUCUAGGGGAAUAUUCACUAAGCAUUACAUAGGUAAAACAAUAUAUUUUCCAUUAAUGGUUGAAUACAUCUUCCGCAUUCUUAAUUGUGUUUAAUGGUUGAACAUAGUCUCUAGUCUUUGUGCAUGCAAUCACACCUUUGUCGUUUAUCUUUGGGAAAACUUAUUUAAGAGCCUUGGCAAGAGAGGCUUGGCUAAACCAAAUCUACAAAUAUAGGUUUGUAUUCCUAAUGCUAUAAUGUUCCUUUAAUUCACUGAUUGAUUUUGGAAUAUAUCUUCUGCUUCUCUACCCCUUUAGGAUUGAGGACUUGUUAGGACUGCCAAAAAAAAAAAAAUAGAUAUGAUUAACCCUGGGAUAAAAUUUUACAUUUUCUUAAACCAUUUCUGUUGUUACAGGAAGACUAUCGACGUACAGUGACAGAAAUAGAUGAAAAGGAGUAUAUCAGCUUACGGCUAAUUAUAUCAGAGCUGAGGAAUCAAUACGUGAGUUAAAAAAAAUUCCUCACAAAAUUCUUUUCCCUGAACAUUGUAGCAUGGUAACAGAUCUUGAUGACGACAGUCCACAUUUGCAGAGAAGAAAAACAAAACAUCCAAAGUUUAGUAGAUAUACCCCCAAUGAACACAUGCAUGCACUUUGGGGUAUGGGGGGGGGGGGUGUAUGAUGUAAGUAUAAAGCCAUCACAUUGAUAUAGUCACCAAAACAACUUUAGCUUAAUGGAAGCAGUUUUGGUGUAUAGAUCAUGCCUCUGAAGUUUCACUUCUCAAUUUUCUGCCAUUUAAAACUGAGUUAUAAUUGUGAUAAGAAAUUUUAAAUAAAACAAUAAAGUAGCACCCUAUAAUUAAAGGUGCCUCAAAAAGAAAAAUGUCUAAACUCAAAUAGGGCUACUGAGAAACUUUCUAUAUCAUUGGUAAUGAAAGACUAGCUAAGCGCAUGUUUGCAGAGCCCCUAAAUCACCUUAGAUAAAUCUGCCAAGCCACUACCAGUGGGCAGAAUUGCUAAAUACUUGCAACAACAUAACAUACAGGAUAUAAUUUCUAAUUAGUGGGGUAAUAGCUGCUUGAUCCAAGGAGAUCUCUGACUGCCAUUUUGGGGUCAGAAUUACCUAGUUUGUUGCAAAAUUUGAAGCGCUUCAGACUGUUUUUUUUGCCUUCUUUUGGAUCACCAGGAAAAACAUAUGUGAGGAAGGCUGAACUUGUCUCUUUUCAGCUAUGUAACUAUGUAAUGGUGCCUUAGAACUCCAUGCACGUUUCACAUAAUGGUCAUGAGGAGUGGAACAGACCAUCUUGAACAUUCACAGCCUUGGCCUAUUCCCCCAAGCUUAUCCUGGAUGUGUGGCAUAACUAAAAGGCACUUAUCAACAUACAGACUACUCAGGAUGUGUUAGUAAAAUAGCAUUCAUUAACCCUUCACAAUCUCUGUUUACACACACACAAGAACAUGUAAUCGGCCACUUACCAUUUCUUAUUUUUCAGGUCACAUUACAUGAUAUGAUUCUUAAAAACAUUGAGAAAAUCAAGAGGCCUCGAAGCAGCAAUGCUGAAACCCUUUAUUAAUCAUCCUGAAGCAUUCCUGCAUUUUUCAGUGUUCUUCAGUGUAUUUUUUUUUUUUUUUUUUUUUCUCGAACUGAAAAGGAAUACAAGACCGUCAUUGCCUUGAUUGAGCUACAGACUUUCUCUUACCAGAAAGGGAAGGAAGGGGAAAAGGAGACUGCAAAAUAUUCUUGUUUUUAAUGUUUUUUUUCAACUCCUUUUGGAUUUUUCUGAUCAAUCUGUGUUGGAAGCAGCUCCUGCAACAAAGUUGUUUAUAAGUGUUUUUAGUUAUAUAGUACUCUAGGCAUGAACCGCAUGUCCUACAAAAAGGAGCAAAAUGUACUUGAUUGUGUUACUACCCCCAUUUUUCACAAAAUGUUAAUUCUCUCAGCAAGAUACCUGCUCACUUACAGGCCAUCUUAAUGAUCAAAUGUACUUUUUUUUUUUAUUUUUUUUUUUUUUAUAUUUGCUGAUUGAGUAUAUAGACCUCUUCUUAGACACAUCUAAGACACAUCAAAAUCAUAUACAGACUGCUCAUUCAGUGUUGACUACCGAAUGUUUAACUGUUGACAUUAGUCCUUUAAUAUGUAGAUAUGAUUUGUAAAUGCACACAUUUUUCUAUAUGUAUCUACAGUAGGUCAAUGAUUAGCCACCAGUUUCAGGAGACUAGUUAGACUGGCGAAGUAUAAUCAAUUUUGCUGAAUUGUCAAUCAAUCCAAUAUGGUGGAAAAUCUCACAGGGUAGUCCAUCUUUUUUGUUUAACUUACAAGGUUUUAGGUGCACCUUUAGCCUACAGGUUGAUAUUCUGCUGUUUGUUUUUUUUCCAUUUUUAAAAUUUUCUGGUUAAUCACUCGUAAAGACUUAUGGUCUUGAGAUGUGCGUAUAAUCUACAAUCUAUUGUGCGUUUCCCCCCCGGUAAAGUGGCAAUCCAUUUUGCAAGAGUUUGCUUCUUACCUGGGUCCCACUGAGUUUGCAGUCUCCUAACACCUGGCAUGGUCGCAUCCAACUUUUGCAGAGAAUCAUCUUGGUGCUCUUGGUUAAUAAUUGAAGCUUUGUAUAUGGAAUAUGCAGACUUGACACUAGUCAGACCAGAACUUUUGUUCUAGGUUGGCUAAUGUUGCUGCCUAAAGUGGAGUUGCACCCAUGGCAGCAGCAUUAAAAAUCAUGCUGAAAUACUGCACAUGGAGUGGUAAUGAUGCUUGGAGAGUAGCCCUAUAGUAGUUUUGAUAGUGCAGUUUAACUAGCAGAGUACAGUGCUUUAGCUGGCUGACCAUAAUAAAACAUAGUCUACAACAACUGGAGUGACAUCACUACUCCCAUCUGAUUUGACUACUUAAGGAUCUAUUCUUUAAACAGUGAAUUUCAACCAAAUGGCAGGUGAUUGCAGUUCAGCUGUAACAUGGUGACUGUUUUAACCAAGAUAAAUUUAUUUUUAUUCACAAAAGUUUGUAGAUUAAUUUGGGUGCUCUCCGAUUUGUCUCUGAAAUAAACAAAAUCUUCGUUUUCAUUGUGAAGAGGGGGAAAUCUCUGCUCAGUCUGUGCAGUAGGCACUGGGCAGCUUUGUAAGUUGACCAUACCUGCUCCUCCUGAGAUCAUAUCUGUAUAGACUAUCUGAUGUAGUGUGUCCUUCCCAACAGUGUAAUAUAUAUUUUUUUGUCAUGGAGAAAGAGGUGCACAUUUGUUUUAUAGAGACAUACAGGUUAUAACAUAAUUAUUAAAUUUGGCUACUGUGUUAUUGAAGUUUAGAAUUGCUUUAAGUUGCAGGGCAGUUUCAUUACUCUCUACCCUUAAAACACUUCUCUUCCCUUAGCAGUCAGCUGUUGUGCAGUUGAGCUGUUCUUUUUUUUUUUUUUUUUUUUUUUUAAUGAAUCACACUAAGAUACAUUUUAAAAUAGUAGAGAUUCAACUGCCAUUCAGUUAUUCAUAAAUUCAGUGAUCCUGAACCAAAUGCAGGAUUAUAGAUCCAAAUUAAUGCAGAUUUGCAAAAAAAAAAACUUGAAUUCGGCAUUUAGUGUAAAAACCCGCUAAGUGUCUGCUAAAUAUGGACACUUGAUUAGUAUUAAACCAUUAAUAAUUGUUUAAUGUUACAUGUAAGGAUAGCAUCAGACGUUAUACCACUCCAAAUAGAUAUUUCAUGUUUUUGUCCCUUUCUUGUCCCAUUUUAUAAGGGUUGCCCUCCUUUCUCUCUGAUAAAACCAGCAUCAACAUACUUGUAAGAGAGCAUGUUUUCAAACGUAUAUAAGAUCUGCUCUUAGGUUAUUGUUUUCGUGGGUGAUUUUCCUUAAACACAAAAAUAUAUUUUUAUUUGUUUUUGAACAUUCAUAGUAUUAGAAGUGUGUAAUUUAUGGAAUAAUCUGGCUGCACAUGGAUCCACAGAAAAUUUAUCUCAAUGUUGUUCAAAAUAAGAAACUUUCUUCUUGUGCACCACAUUAUAUAAACAGUUUGUAAAAACAUUAAAAUCAAGUUUCCACCCUUUAAUCCCCAAAUAUCAAGCACAGUUUGUAUAACAAAAUCAACCGAAAGUGCUUUGACAAUAUCAGUGUCAACCAUUUGCUUAUUUCUAUGAACUGCAACCAAAGUUUGUUUUGUUUUGUUACUUAUGUUUUGCAAGUAGACUAUAAAAUUGGUUAUUUUUAACAUUGCAGUCUCAGUCCAUUUUAUUUUUUAUUAAUUAAGUUACAUUUAUAUUAUCAUUGCAAUCACAGUUUGUGAAGUUAUACUGUUUGUUUGCAGUAUUACAUUUAAGAACCUUUGCACUAUACUGGAUUUAAAACUGAACAAUGCAUUGGUUGAAUAGCACUGUAGACCACUGGCAUUCUUAGAAGAGAUAAUAAAGCUGUCUUGUAGCUAAGUGGGGCGUUAACCUGCAGAAAGCUGCAAACAUUUUUUACAUGAUGCCAAAACCAAGUAGAGUGCUGAUGCGCCCCCAUAGUGUUACUUUUAAAUAGUCUUUGAUAUUACACAUCUUCAUUGGUGUUUCAGAACUGGCCCUUAUACACUUACUAUGUAUCUUACUAUCUUACCAGAUUCAUGGCCCAAUAACUGUUACAAUUUCAGUGUUCAUUCUUCUCUCCAUAAUAAAAGGGUGUGUUUAAUUCUCAUGUUCAGAACACAUUUAUCCUGUGUAAGUAAGGAAGCAUUUGUCAUCUCCGUGCAGAACCUUAUUGGUAACUUUUUUUCCCAGGUGUGCAAUUUGAUAUGGUACAAAUUGCCAGAAACUCAAAAGAUAGCAUUUGAAAUAUUGAUUACUCUGGUUGAUUGUUUUAAACAUAUUCUGCAGAUAUUAAUCUGAUAGUCUCCUUCAUCUACCCAAGUGCAAAUUAAUUUCUCUAUUUACAUUGGUAUGCCAGCCUUAAAUUCUACAUUUAAUUUCUCUCAUUGUCAUAUUGCAUCUUUAAGAUAUUUUUUUUUGUGUUUUUGUUUUUCGCUAUGCUGAAAUGAUGUAUGUAAAAUUUUAAAAUGUCAACAUAUUAAAAGUAUC